AUGGCAGAAAAUCCCAGUACGUUAUUGCGGAUAAUUGUGCUUCUUAUUACAGUGGGGUGUUUAUCAGCCAAAAGGUAAGCUGGUAGAGACCAGGUUGUACAGAUUGACUGUGAUAUUUUGCUGUUUGGAUUCCGUUUUAGACGUCAAUGUGUAAUCGGCUCUUGUUCACGAGUGCAAUCAGCGAAAACUUGCUGAAUGAGACUGAAAAUGGAUACUUACGUUGUUAAUGAACUUGAAAAGUGCUGGCAAUGUUAGAUCACGUCAGUCGGAAAGGACAAAUGCUUAUUCACCGAGUUUGGCUGCGUUCAGUUAAAAAGUGGAAAAUGUUGAAAAAUGGUUAUAAUAAGUUUGAAAAGGUUUCCGUUGGUGGCCCUCUGAUUUUAAAACCCAAAGGCUCGGUGAAGUCAGUGGUAGAGUCUGCAGGAGCAAAUCUAUCGGAAUGGCCGUGUAUAUAACUGUUUUGUUUAGUUAAAAGGCGAAAGGCCAUAGAUAGAAAGUUUAAUAUUUCUAAGUUUUUCUCAAAAAGUAAACGUGCGAGGUUCGACGAGUUUCGUUUUUUACUUUUUGGGAAGCCGUGCAGAUCUUCAUGAUCAAGUGAGAUUUAUUUAGUUUCUUGCAAACCAGACACCUGAAAAGAAAGUGACCGUGUUUCAUCGCUUAAGUGCAAGUUAAUUUUAGAGGAAGCAAACAAUGUUUUCUUUGAUCAAUUUGAUAUCAAAAGCGGAAGCUAGCAAUAUCUCCUUUGACUUUUGAUUUUGCGUUUGAAAGGUUUCCUGUAUGACUCGCUUCAUGCAAAGUAGCCUGCGAUCAUGCCCUCUCCCAAAAAAAAGAUAAAAUAAAAAAUAACGCCUGAUCUCAGGUUACAUGCAAAGCCACAACUGAAACAUCAGUCGGACUCGGAAAGCAAAUUGAAAUUUCAUUAUCUUCCUCUUGGCAGGUUUUCUAUAAUGGCACCAAAUGUGUUCCAUGUUGGGGUCAAAGAGCAAGUCUCGAUUACGUUGUUUGACUCUGGGAACUCUGUGAAUGUACAGUUGUAUCUACAGGACUACCCACAUAGACGAAAGACAUUCUCCCGCAUUCAAGGACGAGUGGAUCAAGGUAAAAAUAAUCAAAUAACGCCUCAAAUUAUUUAACAGGAUUUUAAAAUUAAAAGGAAAAAUAUAGCAAUAAUUCAUUGAAAUAACUGAACAUAUUUAGUUACUAGGUCUGAAAUUUAAAACCUGGAGGGAGUUGGAGUCGCAGUCGUAAUCAGAAGAGUAGAUGUUUACGAUCUAGUGAAAACAGCGUUCUGAUUCUGCUUACGACUCCGUCGUUUACGAUCAAGUGAAAACUGGGUCGUCGGAGUCGCAAGCAGAAGCGGAAGAACUAGAUCAAUCACAGUAUUUAAAAAUACUUGAUCUUGUCACACUACUGGACAUGCGUAGUCGUUUAAGGGCAGAACAACUGUAUUACUCUAUACAUACAAACGCAAAGCCGGAAUGUUUCACUUUUUCAGUAAAGUUUAAUUAGAUCAUAGUACCUUACAAAGAUGAAAGUUUAAAUAAAUGUAAUAAUGAGAAAAGUUUGUUUCGAAUUUUUGCUCUUGUUUGAAUUUAUCCGGCGGGGUUCAAAUCCACAUGUAACUUAUCAUAAGCACCGGAGCUGCUUUACAACCGCUUUCAUAUCAUAGUUUUCGUCCUCGUCUUUAAACUACACAACUGUACUGUUACAAGUGCUGCUAACCUUAAAGGAUUUCGAUAUAACCCCAAUUUUGCAAAUUUUCAAAAUGUCAUGUUGUUUGUUUUUGUUUUAUUGUUCUUUUCUUUUUUAGGAGGCAAUAUUUUCCUUCCAGUAAAGGUAAGGGCGGAAUUCUUGUUAGUAUGUGUAAUCAAAUGGUGACGAGUAAAAUUAUUCCCUAAUUUCACGAGUAUACCAUUUGAUUACCUAUUAAUAUCAUGGGUGGCGAAUUACGUUAGCAAUCUUGGAUUUUUGACAUGUUUAUACUGGAUCGUAUCGAUCGAGAACUCCACUCUGUCAAAUGUUUAGACCUUAAAUUUGGCCUAUAAAGUUCAGAAUUUGUCAGACUUUUUCAACAAAAUACCUGUCAGAAUCCUUCUUAAUGUUCUCUUGUGUGUUCAGGUUUUCUAAAGCGUCUUUUUGUGCCCUGACAUCUUCAUUCACGGCAUUUUAACUUCGUCGCCAUCUUGACACUGAGACGUACGGAAGGGUUGCCAUGGUAAUUUUGUAAUUUCACAUGUGAAAUUACAAAUUAACGCUGAAAUUUCGCGCCAAAAUUAAGGAGUAAUUCGUCACCUAUGAUAUUAUAAAUAAAACACGAUAUUUUCGUAAUUCGGGUUUAUUUAAUCUAUUAACUCAAAUUUAUUUAAAACUAAAACUUGGAAAAUACGCCGCUUAUCUCCAAUUACAAAAAGUUAAAUGCAAGAACAUGUAAUCGCCUGACUUACUGGCGGCAGAACCUGCAGCUCGUGGGUAUAAGUGAAUACAAAUCGAAAUGAAAUGGCUGCUUCCGCGAGCGGGUAACUAUAAAGCGAAUCCUGCAUGUGUUCUAAAUGGUUACCCAAACGGGUAAGAAGGUUUUAGUUCUCGCCCUCGGGGGAUACCCCGCGUUGGCCCUGUAAGAAACCAGUUCUCUUGAACAUGUAAUGAAUCCUCAGCCUCGUUCUUCUUUUUUUUUUUGUUGUUUGUAAUUGCCAGUUUUUGUUGUGUCCUUUUCAUUGACCUCGACCUCGUCUCAUCUCGACCUCACGGCUUAUACGAUAACGCAUCUAAUUAUUCAUAACUACUAGUUUCAGCCACUUAGAACACUCACAAUGUUAAAUCAUCAUAGUUUUGCGCAUAUUAUAGGUAGAAACCGGAGACCUGCCAGAUACCGCGUCUGUGGAUAAACAGUACGUAUAUCUGGUAGCCAAGUCGGAUGACGCACAUUAUCAGUUUCAUAAGGAAGCCAAGAUUCUUCUGAGCUAUCGAGACGGGAUGGUGUUCAUACAGACGGACAAACCAAUCUAUACCCCAAAACAAAGGGGUAAGAAGUGCGACGAGCCUGAUUUUUCUUAAUAGUUUUUCACAUUUUUUACGCGUGUGCAGCGGCAAUUGCUUGCAAAGACCACAGGCAGAUACAACUGCAAGUGUGUCACGCCUUGUGGUGCAGUUGGACCGUCCAACCACGUGUUAAACAAUUGUUAGUUUUGUUGAAUUUUGACUUAGGUAUUCUGAGGAGUUAAAUACAAUAUCUUAUUUCUUACAUCAAUCAGAAAAAGAAAACUAGACAAAUCCAGUGGACGGGCCUAUGUUCUAGCUAUGGUUUUAAGAGCUAACCGUAUGGGAGUUUCCACGAAAAUGUUAUCUUUCACCCUAAAAUUGUAAAAUUUCGUAGAAAUACCCACAAGCUCAUGCUCACAAGAAGGGUGGAGCUUGAUGAGCGCCCUCGUUCCUUUCUCUGAAAGAUUUCAGACUUUCCAGUGCAAGAGGAGAGUAUCUUGUCAACACCCCCUCCACCCACCCAAUUGUAAAAUGAUGUUCCGUCGUCCUUAGCUAGAUGGGAGAGGCCUUAUGCUAUUGAGGUACUCGUCGAGGCAGACCCUUAAAAACCUCUUUGACGCUCUGACAAAGUGAAGUUGUACGAUCCAGUGUUGAGGAAAAGUAACGAACAAAGAUCAGUCCUGAUUACAGUUCAUUACAAUGGUUGUGUUUUAAAAAUAAUCUUGUCAAUUGAUACUUUUUUGAUUUCUUUCCAGUCAAAUUUCGAGUAAUUCCUCUUGAAUUUGACAUGAAACCUUCACGACGAAAGGUGAGUCGUUUUACUAACUUCACAACAUCAUGAUUAAAAUUCCAAUGUCUGCCUCUUUUUUCUUUUUCUUUUUUGUCUUUCUUUUUAUCUUUUUUUAAAAUUUUGUUUCAAUGAUCAAUCUUGUCUUGUCCAUUCUCAAUAUAUGAUAUUUAAUGAUUGCGGAGCUCUCGCACGCUUGAUGCGCGUGCAGCGGAACACCAUGGAUAAGAAAAUUUCCUUAUCUAUGCAUCCGAGAAAUUUUGGUAGUGACUUGUAGUCACGUGGACAUUCGUCCGUCCGUCCGCCCUCUCGUUAGUCCCCACCACAAGCAUACCAAUAUAUGUAAAAGAAAAACUCAAUCAACAGGUAUGGCAACCCAAAUGCAACUCGAGAUUUUUUUUGGCGGGAUAUAGCGUGGCCACCCUCGCCUUGUGAAGCAGAGACAGCAGUGAGCUUAAGCAACAACAACGGCAAAAAGGCAAUGGGUUUAGAUUAGUAAAGCAAUAACUCUGCACGUGCAUCACGCGUUUUUGUAAAUUUGUUUACCGACACUGCACGAGUACGACGUGAAACUUCGUAAUUUCACGUUUUAUACAGGACGUGAACGUAAAACAACUAUUUCCUUUUUCUUUGGUAGUUGUGAACUUAGAGACAUUCCUUUAGAGUUCAACUCCUAAAAAAAUUGCCAAUAUUUAGCAAAUUAAAAGAGUUUGAAUGAGAGCAAUAAAGUUUGAAACAGCGCGAAUUCAGUUUUCAGGUGACGCCUUUUGCUGCUGUUGCCGUCGUCGUUGCUUAAGCUCCCUAAUUAAAGAGUCAAUAAAGGCAAAACAGAAAGCGGAAACUGUUUCUGUAUCCGUGUUAUCUCGAGUAUUAAGCUUAGGUUAACUCUGUCAUGUCCCCAAACUUUGAAGAUAGAGAAAACGAGAAAGUAGGCGCCAAGCUAGCGAAGCUCAACGAGAAAAAGAGCGACAGAGAGCUAGCUAGAGCGAGAGAUAUUCAUACAAAGGAGGCGAAUUUCGUUGGAAGAACAACAUGAAAAGUUCAUAGCGGCGCUGAGAAAAUGAGAAAUGCUAACGGGCAUCAAGGUGAAAAUGAGCGGCUGUGAAAAAAUGGCGAACAGGAACACAAGCAGCAAAAUUUUUGUGAGCACAAUAAAAUGUGUAACUAGGAAGUUUCAUGUUGCAACAAUAACGGCAAAUAAAUGUUCGAAAAAGUGUGCUGCGCGUACAAAAUUGUGUUUUUUGCUAAGUAGACCUGUUGAUUUUUUUGUCGUUCUCGUUGCCGUCGCCGCUGAGCACUACACGAUUUUAUUGUUUGAGUAAAUUAUAAGUAUAAAUAUAAUAAUAAAUUAUUAAUUAUUAUUUAAUAAUUAAGUAUAUUAACGAGAACUUCGCUUUUAGCCCUGGCUAACUCUAUAAUUAUACUAUGAUAUUGGAUAAUCUAAUGCGGGAUUAUGUCUUGUCUUUCAUUUUUCAAUAGAUUACCGUUGUGGUUCAGGUGAGUCCCUUUUUUAUUACUAUUCCUUUGUUAAUGGGUUUGUUUUCUUGCGAUUUCAUUCAGUUGAAUUCCUUGCUUUAUUGCGUUUUAAUAAUUUGAUUUGCUGGCCACCUACAGAAUCCGCAAGGAAUCAGAGUUCAACAGUGGAAGGACCUAGACCCAAGCACAGGUUUGAUUUGGCUUCCUUCAUAUUUAUUCACCAACAUUUUUGUUUGCUUGCUCAGUACCAUGGCCCAAGCCUUUGAGCGAAAGCGAGGCUGGAUUUGACAAACCUUUGUCCCUUAUUUGAAGAAAUCAUGCUGAACAACGCAAAUACCAUUUAACAUAAAGCCAGCUAGUGUCCAUAUAAUCGUCCGCGUUAUCUAACUAUCUCUAUCUAGUAUCUCUACCUCUACUCGAAGCAUUGAAUUUUGGAGGAAAGAAAAGACGACUGGCAAUUGCCUGACCAUAUUUUAGGGAGGGCUUGGCCGAUCGACUUGAACUGGACGAUUACAUGGAGUUUAGGCUUAGAACAAUGGGAGUUACUUACACCGAUCCACAAUGAACCCCAGCCUCGGUCAAUUCAUUCCGUUAUAGUCCUUUCAUCCACUUGCCCUGACAACUGAAGUUUCGGUUAUCCUUUGUAAAACUAUAAUCAUAGGGGUUUUCAUUGGCAGGAUUUGUCUGUGUGUAAAUAAAUAAUAACAGGCGAUUGUUCGAAAGUUGGAUAGCGCUAUUAUAUCCAUUACAUAACUAUUAAGCAAACUUAAGUGUUAUACCCCAGCCCUUCCUUUGAAUUAACAACAGUGGGGUUAGGAAGAUAAAAGUUCCAAACAUUCGGAUCAAGGUGUUCCCUAUUGGUGAAUGAAUUAGACAUUAAGUUUGAUAACAAUUCCAUUGAAUUAGUCUUACCAAGAAUUUAUUAGCCUUUUUCGUAUAAUAAUCCAGAUAUUGCUAAAUUUUCUUUUCUAAACGCAGAGCAAAAGUUAAUUUCAUGAAACAUAAAGUAGUGAUUAUAACACGGAUUCUUUGGUGUUGUAUAUAAUUGCUCCUGACCUUUGUACUUGGGUUUUUCAUUCAGGAAUUAUAUCAAGGAUCUUAGAUUUACAAGACUUUGUCCUUUUGGGUAACUGGACGAUAACAGCUACCUACGGACAUAAGGUAAGUCGAUCCACCACUACGAGCACAUGCAGCACAAGCUCAGUAUGAGAGUUAAAUCAUUUUAAUCAUUAAAAUACGUGUGGUCCGUAGAAGAAACUCAGGGGGUAAAAGAAAUCGCAAUUCGAGACCACACGUAUUAAUGAUUACACUCUCAUACUGAACUUGGGCUGCCUGUGCUACAAGAAGCCUACCUUAAGAAGACAAAACACGUAAACGCGCGCGCGCAAGACUUCCCUUUUCCGCGUGAAGUAAGAGAAAUUAGAGAGAUUAAGAUUCAUGUUUACGCCAAACGGCAAACGUGAAUUUGUACCACGUGACCAGGUUUUUCAAAUAUUUUUCGUUUACUGUUUAUUGCUUCUACACAAAAAUAAGUAGUUUUAUGCCAGUUUUGUCCACAAGAAUCGUUCUGGACUGUUUUUACCUGCUUAUUUUCUAUUCUGAGAAAUUCUCAACUGACGUUUGCCGUUUGCCGUGUGCCGUAAACGUGAAUCUUAAUCUCUCUAUUAAAUAAGAGCCGUUUGCGCGCAGGUAAUUGCCAUAAGUAUUUUCCAAAUCAAUGGCUAGGAGUUUUCGCGCGUUUUGAUUGGCUUCCGUAACUCGGACUAUCCUUGGCUAUUCACUGUUCUAGUGUGCGAUUUUUAUUGAAAUUUCUAAAAAGCUCGGUAAAAAUCACUCGACAAAGCAUUGAAACACGAUCAAUUAAAACGUAGACAAUGUUCAUACUAAGUGACACCUUUUAUUUACAAACAUAACUUUUUCAUUUUUUUCCAACUAAUAUGGUAAAUAUUAAAGCAACUAACUCCCCUAUCUCACGUAUGUAUACCAAGAGGUGAAACGUCGAGGUAUAUAUCCAUGAUAUUCUCCUACCCUUUGAGGGAUAGUUGUAUAUUUUGAGGUUAACUGGUACUGGGUGGAUGUCGUGUUGAAUUGCACCAUGCGAUUCAAGUGGGUGAGUCAAUCUUCAAUUGCGACAAAAUUAGUUGACUUACUUUACCCGAGAGAGGCUUUUUGACGUGUAACCGACUUUAAACUGAGGGGAACUGUAAAGCUUUUCCUCCCCCAUCCCCUCCAUGCAAUGUUUGUGCCACUGUUCGAGCUACCUGCGGAAAACAACAAACACCCCAACUUUGUAUGGAGGGGAGGGGGGAGGGUUGUGCAUUCUUUUGUCCUCUGAAAUGACCCUAUUUGAGUACAAAGUCUCAACAAUUACUGUCGCCGAUUGUUGACUCAGUUUCCAGUUGUUUCUUGGUGUUGUGCACGGAUCCGAUCGCCAAAUGAAGUAUUUCAAAAAGGAUUCAAACGACACUGGAUAAAACCCACGCAGGGUUCACACAGUCUUCAAAAGUCCUUGAAUUUUAGGAGAUGUCCUUGAAAAGUCCUUGAAUUUUUUUCAGCUUUGAAUGUAGUGGCCUGGAAAGAGUUUUUUUUAUGCUUUUUGGUUGUCCAAGAUGGAAUAUAAAUCAUAGCUCAGAGAAUUCAAAGGUUAUACAUAAAGUGCUCCAUGUUUUACGCAAUAAUUAACUAUCAAUUUAAGGCAAGUGAACUGAAAAAUGUUGAGAAGUUGAUGAAGCAAACAGUGAAAGCCUUAGAGUCUUAUUAGAAUGGUCUGGGAAUGUGCAUUUUCGUACAAUCUGUGAAAUUAUAUUCCUAGUAAGUGGUCCUUGAAAAGUCCUUGAAAAAUGGUUGCAAUUUUUUGUAUGAACUCAGCCACAGCACAAAACAAAAGUGAACCAACAAUAGUUUCCACAACACCGCGAAGAAACACCACAGUUCCCUGUAAAACUGUCUUAAUGGCCAAUAAAAGAAGUGAUAGGGUACCCCUACAGUGCUAGUCUGCUACUCAGCCGUUUUCAGUGUCGUCACGCAACGCUCCUCCCCAAAAGGAACGGGAGGAGAAGGAACGUUGCGUGACGACACUAAAAACGGUUGUGUAGCAGACUACUGUUAAUAGUGCUUCCAAGACAACGCUUACUUAGAGAAUGGCAAGAAAUGUUAUUGCUUUUAUAUGUAUGACCAUUACUUCCCUGUAAGCGUUUUGUUAAUUCAAUUGCUCCAUUCUAUUUUUAUUGUACUUUGCUUCUUUUCUUCUAGGAUAUUCAUAAUACUUCUGUGCAGUUCGAAGUAAAGGAAUACGGUAACUAAUGAAGUCUUUUUCACAGGGAUCCCAAGGUCGAUACUUAAAAAUUAUUCCUCUAGCCCGAAUGGGCUCUGAGUCAAUGGCCCAUUCGGCCUUCGGCCUCAUGGGCUAUUGACUCAGAGGCCAUGAGGACGAGAGGAUAAUUGUUUUAGUAAAAAGCAACUAGUUGGUCAAAAAUAUCGAUGUAAAACAACUGUAGACUUAAAUGUUCAUAUGAAUUUAUUCCAAGGAGAUUCGGACCAAAGAUUCGUUACAAGGAUCUGGUUAGACUACGAAAAACAAAACGAGUGUGAAUAAAAGGAACAAAGAUGAAAAUACUUAGCGACAACAUACUUACAGGAUUUGAAGGCUCGAAGGAAACGUGAAAAGACUUUAGGCCGUGUAAACGAACAGAACUCGACUAGAACUUUACCUCAAGAUUUUCGAGCGAGCACAUGUCCCAGACCAUAAUAUUACAACGACAUAUAAAUGACGUAGUUCUUCUACCAGUCCCGCGCGGGCUAAAGACGGGAAAAACUUAACAGAUACAAGAAGAACGUUUUGAAACCUACAUUCCGGCCCCUAAAAUCGUAGGCAAUAGCAAAGGAUUUUAAAGGAAACUUGACCGAAACAAAACGUUAAAUCUAACAGUUCUCCAAACAUAUACAAAGUUCGGAUCAUAGUUCAGUUCAGCACUGCUUCAUUCCCUCUGACAUCUCCACUGACUCCAGGAGAACGAUCUUAUCGACAGGGCGAUCAUAUUGCGAGGUUCUGGUCUUCACCGUUACACUCCUCACAUGUUCAUCAGUGCUGUUCUUGCGCACACUGAUAAUCCGACCAAGAGGCCAAGAUGAUCUCGGUACUCUAUCGUCGACCACAAGUACUAUGUCAUCAACGGCGAAGUUCCUUGACGGAUAAGUCCAUUUCUGCCUCUCUUGCAACUGUGGCAAGUACUCUCUAAUCCAUCUACGCCAAAACACGUCGGCUAAAUAUUGAACUUGGCGCCAUCUUCUUCGGGAAUAGCCAUCCUCUUUCCUGAACACACCUGGGGGAAGUCUUGGGCCUGACCGUAGCAACAGCAAAUGACUCGGCGUGAGAGCUUCAGAAUCUGACGGGUCAUCAGAUGACUUCGUUAUGGGACGCCCAUUAACAAUUGACUCCACUUCACACAUGAGGGUAGUCAACCCUUCAUCAUCCAGCGGCUGUUCCUUCAUAAGUGCAACAAGAAUCUUUCUGACAGUUCUUAUACAACGUUCCCACACGCCACCGAAAUGGGACCCCGAUGGUGGGUUAAACAGCCACUUGACAUUUCUUUGCAAGAGGAACUCAUGGAUCUGACUCUUGUUCCAACCAGAGAUAGCUUCUCGGAGUUCCUUGCACCCGCCAACAAAAUUUGAGCCGUUGUCCGACCUCAUUACUUCAGGAACACCUCGCCUUGCGAUAAAGCGGCGCAUGGAGUUCAAGAACGAAUCAGUGUCCAUACUCUGGGCGACUUCCAAGUGUAUGGCUCUGGUCGCCAAACACGUGUACAAGACUCCAUAACGCUUAACUUGACUUCUAGCCCUCUUGACCCAAAACGGACCGAAACAAUCAACGCCUACAAAACUGAACGGGGGUUUGUUAGGUGUGACUCUGUCAGCAGGAAGAUCGGCCAUCUUCUGAGUUUUAAACGGAGCCUGUCUUCGCCUACAGCUAAAACAACGGUUUACAACUCUUCUCACCGCGACUCUUCCUUUGAUAAUCCAGUAACUCUUUCUGAUCAAAGAGAGCACAUAUUCUUGACCAGAAUGCCCAGAAAGCAAGUGAUAAUGCCUGACGAUCAAAUCUACAACAUGAUGUUUCUUAGGCAGUAUUACAGGGUGUCUUUGCUCCUGUUCAAUUGGUGCAUGCCUCAAUCUUCCUCCCACACACAGCAGGUCAUCGCGCAACUCAGGAUCCAACUUGGCGAUUGAACUUGAUUUCUUGACGGAACCUGUUCUUCUGGCUCGGACUGAUUUCUUGAGCUCAACUUUUGAUUCUUUACCUUGCAGACACACCAACUCUUCUCUAAAGCAUUGCCUUUGUACAUACUUCAAGACUUCUAUCUCAGCAGAGUGCAUUUCUUCUACACUGAUGGGACUGGGUAUUUCGGAGACGAGUACUUUAGCUGUGCCUUCCUUCCGCCUGCGACACUCGCGCAGAAGAUUAGAACGAUAACGCAAGAUCCAUGCCAUCAAUUUCUUAAGCUUAUACCACGAGGAACAGGACUGCACUACUCGGUUUAAGAAGUCAGCUUCAACUGUAGACGCUACUGCGAAAGUUUUCCUUUCCCGUUUCACCUCAGGAUCAUCUUCCUUUAUUUCCACAGAAAUUUCAGGUCGCUUAGGCCAGCGGUCCUCUGCUUCCCACAAAAAGGAGGGCCAUUAAUCCAGCGGCUUUGGUGGAUGAUGUCUUCAGCUGAAAGCCCUCUGGACGCAUCGUCAGCUGGGUUGGAAUCUGUGUCAACAUAGUUCCACUGAUCUGGUCGCGAUCCUUCAUGGAUUGUUGUAAUUCUGUUCGCGACGAACGUCUGAAAUCUCUUCUCUUUGUUCGUAAUAUAGCUCAACACGCACGUGCUGUCCGUCCAAAAGAACUCUUCUUCUAGUGCUACAUCCAACUCAUGUUGCAUCAUCUUGUUCAAUCUGGUGGCAACCACAGCAGCUGAAAGCUCCAGACGAGGAAUAGUAACUGACUUCUGGGGUGUUUGUCUCGACUUCCCCAUCAAAAAGGCACAAUGGACAUUUCCAGCUUCAUUGACGACUCGAAGAUAAGUAACAGCACCAUAACCUUCACCUGAUGCGUCUGAGAAAUUGUGAAGUUGGCUAGACACUAUGCGGCCAAAGUUCUUGGGCCUUAAACAACGUUCAACGGCGAACUGUUCGAGUUUUGGAAGUUCCUGCAACCAAUCUUGCCAACGCUUUAAAUCUUCAAGGGGAAUUCUAUCAUCCCAAUCCAAUCCCUUCCGGCACAGAUCACGCAGAAUUGCUUUCGCAGGCAGAAUUAAUGGUGCAACAAACCCUAGAGGGUCAUAAAUUGAGCUUAUGACGGAAAGAAUACCCCUCCUCGUUGGGGUCGGUCCUUCACUGCAAUCUUAAAACGGAAGGUAUCUGACUGGACAUCCCACAGAAUGCCGAGGGCACGCUCAACAGGCAAGUUCUCGAGAUCGAGCUCUUUGACCGAACUGGCUCUCUCGGAUACUGGGACUGACUGGAUGACAUCGUAGGCAUUUGAAACCCAUUUCGUUAAGCGGAAACCUCCUUUGGCCAGCAACUGACGUAGCUGAUCGACCAGUCGACUUGCCUGUUGGUUAUCUUCCACAGACUUCAAGCAGUCAUCAACAUAGAAAUUUCUUCUCACCGUCUGAAUGGUGUCUUUAUCAAAAUGUUCCGCAUUGUCUUCAGCCGUUUUCUGCAGUGCAUAAUUCGCACAACUGGGAGAUGAAACUCCCCCGAAAAGGUGAACUAGCAUUUGAAAUUCUUCUGGUUCUUUGUCCAUUUCACCACUCGGCCACCACAGGAAACGGAGGUACCUGCUAUCCUCUAUUGGUACGCGCACUUGAUAAAACAUCUUCUCAAUGUCAGCCAUGAUGGCUAUGGGCUGUUCUCUAAAUCUUGUUAGGACUCCAAUGAGCGAGUUGGUUAAAUCAGGUCCUUGCAAAAUCUGUUGAUUGAGCGAGACAUUCUGGAAUUUUGCGGCACAGUCAAAGACCACCCGGACCUUGUCGGGCUUUUGUGGGUGAAUGACGGGGUGAUGAGGUAGAUACCAUGAGGGUGAAUCCUCUCGCUGACCGUCAGGAACUUUCUGUGCAUGUCCUUUGUCAAACAAGUCAUCCAUAAAUAAAGAAUACUUCCGGUGUAGUUGGGGAUCCUUCAGCAGCCUCUUCUUCAGCAACCCAAGACGAUGUUCAGCGACGAUCUUGUUGUUGGGCAGAUCUGGAGGGAAGACCUUCCAAGGAAGCGCAACUUCGUAAUGACCAUCGCGGAGCUCAGCAGAAUCCUCCAUUAUGGCAAGGGCUCUCUUGUCAUCUUGAGACAAUCCUUUCUCAAUGCUGAACUGCGAAUCAUUAAAUUCCAUUUCACAGAAACGUACAAACUGCUGGUCCAAGACAACAUGAGACUGAAUACGGUUUGAAGUACGGGCUGCCUUACUUGCCCUACCGAGUGGGCCAUUGAUGGUCCAUCCUAGCAGUGUUCGCACGGCAUAAGGACCACCAUCUUCACUUCUCUGCACUUCAUGAGGUUCAAGAAGUUCGGGCACAUCACUACCUAUGAGCAAUUCGAUGUCGGCAUCAAUGCAAGGUAAGUCGAUAUCUUUCAGGUAGAACCACCUUUCCACAUCACUUUGAACCGGGAUAUCAUCAACGGUGACUGGAAGCUUGACUCGUGAGAAAACAUUUGACAGUUCAACGACAUUACGUCCUUGUAGAUCAGAAACUUCCAAAUUGACCACUAGACUUUCACUCUUAACAUUAUCACUAUCCAUGGUAGUUAAAGACAGCAUCGCUUUUCUACCUGUUGCACCUAGACGUUCUAUCAACUUGUCAGUGCAAAAUGUAGUGUUCGACCCUGGAUCCAGAAACGCGUAGGUUUGAACCAUCUUCUCCCUUCCCUCGGCUCUGACAUUAACUGGAACUAUGGCAAGUCCUGUAGCUGAUGCUCCGGCCCCAGUCGCACUACACACACUCCUUCACAUGCUACCAUUUCAGUGAAACAGCUUCGGGCUUGGCCAUUCUGAUUCUCAUUCUCCGUGUUGCUCGACUGGGUCUCAGAUACUGAUGGAGUUGGUGCUUUGACUGGUUUGUCAUUCUUUGGGUGUAAGAACGUAGAAUGUUUCCGAUGACCUAUCUUACAUCCGACAAUCUGGCAGAAGCUUUUCUUGGGGCACGACAUCGCCAUGUGUCCCGCAACAAGACAAUUAUCACACAGUCCUCUACUACGCACAAAACUAAUUCGCUCAUCAACCGACUUUCCUCUGAAAAGCUGGCAGCGUGACAGCCAAUGACUCUCCUUACACAAUGGGCACUUGACGUUCGACUUGUCAGGCGCACGUUCAGUGUUGUCCUUAGGUGGGUCAGUAGUACUUUCCGGGGUGGUUCCUUGUGUCGUGAAAGCAGAACCUUUGUGCUCCUUUGAUGGUGUUCUGUACCUUCUUUUGGAACCAAUGCCUACAGCGUUGUUCUUGUCAUCAUUCGAGUGUAUGUCCCCAAACACUGGAUGGUUGGCUAUUCUAGCCUUUGCUUCAACAAAUUCUGCAACAUCUCCGAUAGUGACCUCUCUUUUCAGCUCUUCAUUGAUGUAAUCAGCCUUUUCUCUCCAUCUCUGUCUUAGCCUAAGUGGCAACCUUCCAAUGAUCCUUUGGAGAGUGUCAGGGUUUUCAAUUUUGUUUAGGUAUCCAAUUUCCUUGAGAGAGUUCUUACAACUUGUAAGUACAACCGAGUACCUUUGCAAGGCAGGACCAUCAUCUGACUUAAUCUGAGGAGUUUUCGUUACUCGAUCAAUGAGGGCAGUUGCUAUUUUGUAGCUUUGACCAUAUCUAUCCUUAAGGAGUGCUCUUGCAGUCUUGUAGCCUUCUUUGGGAUCCAUCGACAAACAGCUUUGCAUUAACUUCUUCACUUCUCCUGAUGUAUAUUGAACGAGAUAGUACAAACGUGAGUUCGGGCUGCUUGUCUUUGACUCUAUUAAAUUUUCAAAGGCUCGCACGAAGUCAGAGUACUCAACAGGAUCACCCGAAAACACAGAGAUUUCAGGCUGUGGCAAUGUCAUGGCUAAUGUUUGAAGCUGGUGCUGUUUCAGCAACUCCUGAAGCUGUUGAUUUUGUUGUUGUUGCAUCUUCUGGACUUCAAUCACGUGACUGACAUUCUUGUCACUUAGAUCUAGGUGUUGUUCCAAUAAUCCACCUUCAGCACUUUCACCAUUAAUCGCAGAGGGUGAGCAUCCGUAACCUUUCCAUACAGGGGCGUCUGGGUUUAGUGGACUGCAUUUAACCUCUUGAUUUUCCUCUGUCUGAUGAACUGGAGCUUCCACAGUUUCCUUCUCUUCGACUUGACCUGGAGUGGAAGUUGCAAAUUGACCUGCUAGUGUCAGUGUGUGACUUUCUUGGCCUUCAGGCAUAUCCACGGUGCUCUCCUUCUUGGUUGCAUGUAAAGUCGGUAACUGACUUGACAGUGUUGACAGACGUCGCUCCUCACAAUAACUGUACACCCUUUCUUCAGCGUCGGCCUUUGCUAACUUAGUUUCCAACUCAAAAUUUUCUUUCUUCUGCUUCAACAAGAGUUCUUCUAACUGAAUGUCCUGCCGUGUCUUCAAUGCAGCUACUUCCACUGACAAGGCAGCUUUCUUAGCAGAGGCUCUCAGCCUUGCACUUGAAGCGGUGCUUGACUGUGAGAGACUGGAACUAGCGCUAGAUUUAGACUUGCGCCUCCUAGAACUUGCAGCAGACUUCGAUUUCGUAGAACUAAUAUUACUGAUAGAGUCUUCCGGAUGAAGACUGAUGGCAAGAUCUAAUUCUUCUUGGAGCUUAAACUGAGCAGAUUGCAACCAGACCUCAAAUGACUGAAACACCUCAGUUCCCAUACGUUUCACUGAUUCAAAAUACUCGAUCGAGUCCCGAAUUGCACUUUCAUCAGUCAACUCAGCGUGAUACUUAUCAUGUGCUUCGUUAAAAUGUCUCAUAGCUACUUCUAAAUCAAGAAACUUCGCUCUAACCUGAUCAACAUUGUCAGAGCUCUUCAUUAGCUCAAGUAAUUCGCGCUGUCUUCUGGUGACGGCCGCCUUUGAACCGGACCUACUACGCUUUAAGCGAAGAAUUCUCUCGUGAACGGCUCCAUCGACGUCGACAGUUUUGGUUUUCAACCCACGUAAGUCCAUCUUCCUCUACAAUCGAUCCACAAGCGAAGAAACAAAUUAUCGAUAACACCAAUCAAUCAAAGAACGGAUAAAUCCAUGGCACAAUCGACGAAAAUCCAAGACGAUCCACAGCGAAACCAGCACAUCCUUCUAACGCAAAUGUAGACUUAAAUGUUCAUAUGAAUUUAUUCCAAGGAGAUUCGGACCAAAGAUUCGUUACAAGGAUCUGGUUAGACUACGAAAAACAAAACGAGUGUGAAUAAAAGGAACAAAGAUGAAAAUACUUAGCGACAACAUACUUACAGGAUUUGAAGGCUCGAAGGAAACGUGAAAAGACUUUAGGCCGUGUAAACGAACAGAACUCGACUAGAACUUUACCUCAAGAUUUUCGAGCGAGCACAUGUCCCAGACCAUAAUAUUACAACGACAUAUAAAUGACGUAGUUCUUCUACCAGUCCCGCGCGGGCUAAAGACGGGAAAAACUUAACAGAUACAAGAAGAACGUUUUGAAACCUACAACAACCUUAGCUAGUUAAAGCUAGACUUUAAUCCUUUUUUGCCGCCAAAAAGGCGGCGGUUUUAGCUACUAGUGGACUAUAACUUAUAGCCUAGUAGAAGCUCAACCAAUCAAAACGCAGCAUUGAUAAAUGACCACUAGUUGGAUUUUACUAAAAUGUAUUUGAACUCCCAUUGUAACAAGAAUUUCAUUUAUGCUUUCCUUAUUUUUCACAAUAUUAAACGAUUUAUAACCUAUGUAUGAGGCCAAAUACGUCAACUUGUGGGUCUGUCUUAAUGCUUUCUGUCAACUUUUGGUGUAUUGUUGUGAAUUAUGGCCAUAGUGGACGGAUGUUUGGUUCGGUGUUGCGCCAAAGUAUAAUAAUAUGGUAUUUUGACUGCAGAAAUCAUUUGGUAUCAGAGGAACUGUACUGCAAUGGUUCGAUUCUUAUCUUUCUCAAAGAACUCAGUUUGUAAACAUCAAUGAGGCGAAUUCUACGGUACGAGAUCUUCCCGUGGGUGUUCCCCAAGGUUCAGUUCUUGGACCUGUUCUCUACCUUCUGUAUACUGCGCCACUUGCUAAAGUGAUAAGAUCUUAUGGCAUCUAUUCGCCGACGAUACUCAGUUAUACUUUGCAUUCAAAUCGGUGGAUGUGGACGCUGCUAAAUCGAGGGUCGAGAACUGCGUUUCUGCAAUAUGUCGCUGGAUGGAUCUCAACGAAUUGAAGCUAAACCACGACAAGACGGAGGUUAUGCUUAUCCACUCAAAGCAUCGUCCCUCUCCAUCCUUUCAGUCCUUAUGUGUUGGUGACGAGAGCGUGGCUGCCUCUCAGUCGGCUAGGAGUCUUGGUGUUAUCUUUGAUGAGCACAUGUCUUUUCAUGCACAUGUGUCUAGCAUCUGUAGAUCAUCAUUUUAUCAUCUCAGGAACCUAUCUAGAAUUAGGAAGUAUUUCACUAAAGAAUCAGCAGAAGUUGCUGUUCAUGCAUUUGUCACAUCGAAACUAGAUUACUGUAAUCCAUUAUUAUACGGCCUACCUAAGUAUCAGUUACAAAGAUUGCAGUAUGUACAAAACACAGCGGCUAGAGUUGUGUUGCAAGUGAGUAAGUUUCAGCAUAUCACACCUGUUUUGUGUGCGCUUUACUGGCUACCGAUUCAAUAUCGUAUUAUUUUCAAGAUUCUGCUCGUCGUGUAUAAAUCACUGAAUGGGACAUCGCCUAGCUAUUUAGCUCAAAAACUACAUUAUCGUCCUCAUUCUAGAUCAUUGAGGUCUGUUAGUAAUGAACUUUUUAAUGCAACCUAGAUCGUAUACCAAGACCUACGGAGAUAGAGCAUUCGCUGUUCAUGCACCAAGAGAAUGGAACUUAAUACCCUAUGAAAUUCGGAAGUCCAACACCAUCUCGAGUUUUAAAAGAUCACUUAAGACGUACUUGUUUACUAAAUUCUGUGAUAACGGAUCAUUGUUUUUAUAAAUUUGUAUAUAUUGCGUUAGUUUUAAUUUUUUCCCUUUUUUUAUCAUUAUGAAUAUGGUUUAAUAGUUGUUUUAGUUUCAAUUUUUCCUUUUUUAUCCAUUGUAAAUAUAUUAGGAUAUGGUCGUAAAUUUGUAAAUAUUUUUCAAUAAUGUUGUUUACAUGAUUGUAAAGCGCCUUGAACAUAGGAUAAGAGCGCUAUAGAAAUAAAGUUAUUAUUAUUAUUAUUAUUAUUUCGGCGCUUAAAUACCAAAUUGAAUUCUUGACAUGCAUAAAAUCUUAAUACAUCGUUUUUUUACUUUUAAGCUUUUAUGGCUCAAUCGAGAAUGAACCACAUGCGGUCCUGUUUCAAAGUUGGCCAGCUUUCCAUUUUUGCACAUUCUAAUUUUUAAUUUUAUUUUAUUGUAGUUCUUCCAAAGUUUUCGGUUAAACUCACGGUGCCACCGUACAUCCUCAAUUCUGACAACUUGAUCAGAAUAGGCAUGACAACACGGUAUGAAUGAUGCAUUGGAAUUGUUACUACUUUCAUAUUAAUAAAUAGAUAAAUAAAUAAAUAAAUAAAACUUAUAGGUAAAUGCCGAUAAAGUUUGAGUGGUAACACAUCUGCGGAGUGGUUCCGAGGGACCAUCUGUUGUCCCGAGUAGAAUUGGAUUUUAAAAAUGUUACGUUGGGUUUCUUCUGAUGAGGAGAGGAAUAAACGCCAACUAACACGAGGAAACUCCCCUCGGACCAAGGGAGGAAGAAAACAACAAACUCAACCCAUGGUGUAAACUCGAGAUUAGAAUCGUGCUCUCGUUACGUAACCACUGUGUAUUACCCUUGCGCCACCAAUAUUCAAUAAUUGUUGUCCAGAUGACUCAGUAUGUAUUCUUUUUUCCUUUCAGUUACACAUUUGGAAAGCCAGUUAUUGGCACCGCUACUGUGUAUUUGAGCAUCGUUGGACGGAAUGGAACUAUUCCCUUUGGAAGACAUAUCAUUAUGGUACUCUUCUAUAGCAAAGACAAUUCCAUAUUGUUUUGUUGAAGCAAACACUUCUCUUUUAAAUUAGUCAAACUCUAUUGAAGAAUACAGAAAGUCGAACCUCCACCAACCAAAAUUCAAAGAUUUCGCCACAUGUAAGGUAAUCUAAGACAGCCUUGGAUUCUGGAUUCCACGCUGUGGAUUCCGGACUGCAGGUACUCGAUAUCCAGUCUCCUGGAUUCCGAAUUCUAAAAUUCCAAUCGUUAGCAAAAUUACGGAUUUCAUGGUCAGCCCCCAGUUGUUCAAAAGGUGGAUAGCGCUAUCCACUGGAUAAAUCUGUAUUCAUGCCAGUGGAAAACGCAAUUGGUUUCCAUGAUUUUCACCCGCUGGAUAGUUAUUUAUUCGGUGGAUAGCGCCAUCCAACGUUUGAGCAACUGGCACCUGAGAUGAAUUUCGAAUUCAAUAGCCCAGGGUUCCACAUUCCACAAGCGAAAAUUUUACGGAUUCCGGAAUCUGGAUUACCUUACAAUGGGACAAAGAUUCAGUGGUUCCUCACGGUUGGAGGUCCCGUACGAACGCAUUGUGCAUUGACUGGAAUCAGGCCAUUGGGAAGCAGUUUUUUAUAUCAUGUUGGAUAGGCAGUCACUAACGAGAAGUAGUUACAGAUGCGGAAAGUUUAACCACAGGUACCCUUAUUUAAUGAGAGAGAAUCGUUGUGGCAUAAUAAAAAUGUACGGUUUGUGUGGGGAUUUUAGCGAUGGUUAUCUAGAGGUCAAAAAUAGCAAUUAAAUAAAAAUAAAUCAGAGCUCUUACCUUAUUUUUGCUUUUUUGUUUUUUGUUUUUUUUUUUACCUUAAAAAAACCUUAUUUUUGUUUUAUUUAUGGUGCGUUCUUAGCAUCUUUUUACUUUUGCAGCGCAAUAUACCUGCCUUGAUGUUCUCUCCAUAUCAUUAAUCCCUCUGUAUUAUAUAUAGAGUACAAUUUAAAAAACAACGGCAGAACUAAAACUCGCUGGAAUUGUGUUUAGAACACACCAUAACAAAAACACUAAGGUAGGAAGUAUUGAUGUAUUUUUAUUGCUACUUUUUACCCCUAAAUAACGAUCGCUAAAAUCCCCAUAAAAACCUCAUUAAUAUUUCUGUUAUGCAACAACGAUUCUCACUCGUGAGCUUGGGGUAUCUUUGGUUUGAUUAUUCUAUUAAAAAAUAUUCAAGAAUCCGCCGAGGAGUUCGUGUUGUUUGAAGUUCAUUGUCUAUUCAGUACUUUUCGCAUACAUUCAUAACGAGCAAAGAACUUUAACAUUAUUGCUCUUUUAAUUUAAGAGGUAACUAAAUCAUUUUGUUUUCACCUGAUGUAGUUGGACAGAUCUGGUGUAACAACCUUCAGACAACGAGUUCAGGUCAUCAAACAACUUCCAGGAAUUUGGUUCCCUGAAAAAGGCAGACUUCAAGUAAAAGUGGACGUCAUAGAACGGGCGACUGGCAAUAAAGAAACUGCCGAGGAUAGAUCUUGUCAAUUUACAUCAAGUCCUUACCUUAUUGAAUACAUUAACACUCCGAAGUACUUCAAACCUGGACUUCGUUAUGUCGUUAAGGUAUGUUAUUGUAGCAGUCAAUUAUUGCCUUAUCCUGAGUGUCAGUAGCAGCUGUCUGAAUUAUGACAUACAGAGAUGGAGAAACACACAUCUGCUUUCAACAGUUUAUUCUCCAGUCAACCAACAUAAAACAUGAUUAGAAAGUCACAUGCUGGUCAGUCACAUGGUACAAUACUUCUUGCUGGAGAGCAGUAGGACCUUGAAAAGAAAGGAAAUUAGCUUUUUAAAUGAUGUAAUCUCUCUCUCUCUCCCUCCCCCUCUCUCCCCAUUCUCCCCCUCCCUCUCUUAUUUUUAUUGUCUUACUACGUCUCGUGGUCUCCAGCAAGGUGUUUUUGUCACAAGUGAUAGUUUAACUGCAAGGAGCUGAUUUAUGUUAUAAGAGUAAAUUCACAGGACAACCAAACAUAACAACUGUAAUUUACCUUUAUAGGUUAAAGUGACCUACCCAAAUAAACAACCGGCCGGGAAUGUGCCAAUGCUGAUAUCAGCUAAGGGAAAACAAGGCAAUGUAAUGAUAGACCUUAAAAGGUUUGACAGAGAUCCCAACGUGAGGGACAACACGGAUGAACACGGAGAAGCCGAGUUUGUUGUAGAUGCAUGCUCUAACUGCAAGGCCAUCACGGUUCAGGUACAUAGAACAUCAUGGCGCUUUCUAUUCAGCCAAAAAUUCUGGAAAUUUGGGUUACUACUACUACUACUACUACUACUACUACUACUACUACUACUACUACUACUACUACUACUACUACUACUACUACUACUACUACUACUACUACUACUACUACUACUACACUACUACUACCACUACUACCACUACCAUUACCACUACUACCACUACUACACUACCACCACCACUAAACCACCACUACACCACCACUAAACCACCACUACCACACCACCUACACACCACCACCACUACCACACCACCACCACCACCACCACACUACACCACCACCACUACUCACUCACUACCACCACCACCACUACUACUACUACUACACCACCACCACCACUACCACCACCACCACCACCACCACUACCACUACCACCACCUACCUACCACCACACCACCGCCAGCACCAGCAGCCACAACACCACAACACUACCACCACCACCACCACCACCACUACUACUACUCACUACUAGCACCACCACUGCUGCACCACUACUCACCACCACCACUACUACCACUACUGCUACCACUGCCACCUGCUGCACUGCUGCUGCCACCACCUGCUGCUGCUGCUGCACAUGCACCACUGCUGCUGCUGCUGCUGCUGCUGCUGCUGCUGCUGCCACUGCUGCUGCCACCACCACACCACCACUACCACCACCACCACGCCACCACCACCACCAGCACCACUGCUGCUGCUACCACCACCACCACCACCACUACUACCACCACUACUGCUGCUCUACUACUACUACUACUACUACUACUACUACUACUACUACUACUACUACUACUACUACUACUACUACUACUACUACUACUAUUAAUCAAAUCAAUCUAAUAAUACCUGACUUUGACAAGAAAUCAUCUCCAGAAAGCAUAAAACUGAUAAUGAAUUCGAAGGAACAUCAUGUAAAUAAGUUAGUUAUGAAGUUUGUUUCUUCCUGCAUGAAAAUACGUGAUUCAUUGUUAGUAAUGUAACCGAAUUUUUCUAGAUUAUUAUUAGUGCUGUUUUAUUUUAUAUUUUGAUUGUCAUAUACAUGCUUUUGCAAUACUGUAAAAUGAUGCGGUCAUGCAAAUAAAGCAAUUUAUUUAUUACUACUACUACUACUACUACUACUACUACUACUACUACUACUACUACUACUACUACUACUACUACUACUACUACUACUACUACUACUACUACUACUACUACUACUACUACUACUACUACUACUACUACUACUACUACUACUACUACUACUACUACUACUACUACUACUACUACUACAACUACUACUACUACUACUACUACUACUACUACUACUACUACUAUGGGGAAUGUACACCAAGCAAGAUUUUAAAAAAUGGGAAAGCUCCCCAAUAGAAAAAAUCCACCUCAAAUUCUGUAAACGUUACUUAGAGGUUAACAAUAAGGCCUCUAACAUAGCCUGCAGAGCUGAACUUGAUAGACUGCCGCUGCUUAUUCCGAUAAAUCAGAAAAUUAUGAAAUAUUUUGUUUACCUCAACAACAAAGAUAAUGACUCUAUAGUCAAACAGUCUUUCCUUAUGUCAAAGAAUCUACAUUCUAUGAAUAAUUCCGGAUAUUUUUCCAAUUUCAUAAACAUGCUUGAACAAUACAAUCUAACCAGUUUAGAUGCUGAAUCUCUAGAUAAUAAUAAAAUUAGACGAUAUACCACAGAAAUGAGAGAGAAAUAUCUAUCUUUUUGGCGGCACAGCCUCGAAAAUUCAAAAAAACUAGAAUUUUAUAAAACUUUUAAAGAUGAAUAUUCUACAUCUGAUUAUCUCUACCAGCUAAGACAUUAUGACGAACGACAGAAUUUUGUUAAAUUUAAAAUAAGUAAUCACAAACUUAUGAUUGAACAUGGUCGAUACCAAAUCGAUCAUUUGCCAAGAGAAAAUAGAUUAUGUCCUUUAUGUAACUCAAAUCAGGUAGAAGAUGAGAUUCAUUUCCUCUUUCAAUGUAACAAAUACUCAGUACAGAGACAGGCAUUUAUUAAUCAAAUCAAUCGAAUAAUACCUGACUUUGACAAGAAAUCAUCUCCGGAAAGCAUAAAACUGAUAAUGAAUUCGAAGGAACAUCAUGUAAAUAAGUUAGUUAUGAAGUUUGUCUCCUCCUGCAUGAAAAUACGUGAUUCAUUGUUAGUAAUGUAACCGAAUUUUUCUAGAUUGUUAUUAGUGCUGUUUUGUUUUUAUUUUGAUUGUCAUAUACAUGCUUUUGCAAUACUGUAAAGUGAUGCGGUCAUGCAAAUAAAGCAAUUUAUUUAUUACUUACUACUACUACUACUACUACUACUACUACUACUACUACUACUACUACUACUACUACUACCACCACCACCACCACUACCACCACCACUACACCACUACCACUGCCACCACUGCCACCACUGCACCUGCCACCACUGCCACCACUGCCACCACUGCCACCACCACCACUGCCACCACCACCACCACCACCACCACCACCACCACCACCACCACCACCACCACCACCACCACCACCACCACCACCACCACCACCACCACCACCACUGCUACCACCACCACCACCUACCACUACCACUACCACCACCACCACCACCGCCACCACUGCCACCACCGCCACCGCCACUGCCACCACUGCCACACCACUGCUGCCACUGCCACCACUGCACCACCACCACUGCUACUACUACUACUACUACUACUACUACUACUACUACUACUACUACUACUACUACUACUACUACUACUACUACUACUACUACUACUACUACUACUACUACUACUACUACUGCUACUACAGGCAGUUCAGAAUGCUGCAGCUCGUGUUGUCACACUGACACCGAAGCAUGUUCAUACAACUCCUAUUUUAAUUAAUCUUCAUUGGUUACCAGUUGAGUUUAGAAUAACUUUUAAAGUCCUUUUAUUGGUAUACAAGGCCCUUCAUGGCCUUGCACCUUCUUAUAUUUCAGACCUUUUGAAUUUUAAAACAUACUCUAGGUCAUUGCGUUCUUCAUGUAAAGAAUAUUUAGUGGUUCCAAGAAGCAGAUUGAAAACAUAUGGAGACAGAGCUUUCUCUAUUGCAGGACCUAAAUUGUGGAACGAUUUACCUCUAGAGAUUAGGAAAUGUGCUUCAGUGGCAACUUUUAAGCAAUCCCUUAAAACUUUUUUAUUUAAGUUAGCAUAUAGGUUAUGAGAUUCCUUUUGUUUUAAGAUGUUUUUGAUUUAUAUAGUAGAUAGCUUAGGCUAUAUUUGAAUUAUAUUGUAUAUUGUAGAUAUUUUAUAAUUUAUUUUUUUUUUAUAUUCUUACCAUUACUUCUAAAAUUUACUUCUAUUAAUUAAUACUACUAGUUAAUACUGUGAACGAAAUAAAUACUACUACUAUUAAAAUGAGAUGGCAGACUUUUUAAUUAAUUUCGUUCAAAUGACUUGGUAUUCUAGUUCAAGUUCAUAAGUUCAGACCAUAGCUCUUUUUUCGUCGAGUUUAGGUAAAAACAGACGACAGCAGACUAAAUGAAGCUCAGAAUGCAGUUGCUAAUUAUCUGGCGGAGCCAUUUGAUGCUGCGAAUGGUCCUUUGCUUAUGGUUCGCCAGCUUUCACCAGGAAAGGUAACGUACCAUAUAUCAUAGCGUGGGUAAUUUAUUUCUUAUUCGUUAAAAACAGUAGCCUGAGAAAACAGCCGACAUCUGGCGACGCUACCACUGGUUUCCCAGCCAAAUGAAGUCUUAGAAACGAGCGCAGAAAUUCCAUACUGAUGACGCGUUACUACCCAGAUCUGGGUAGUGUUACUGAUUGGUUGAAUCAAAUUUCCCACGCGGUACGACCAUUCAGAAGCACUACCCAAAUCUGUGUUGUGACGCGUCAUCAGUAUGGAAUUUCUGUGCUCGUUUCUCAGACGUCAUUUGGCAGGGAAACCAGUGGUAGCGUCGCCAAAUGUCGACUGUUUUCUCAGGCUAUAAAAACAGUGUUCUUAAUUAAGUUGAUGUAAGUAUUGAUGUAAGUAAGUGUGAUGUAAGUACCCCAACGUCGUUACAUACAUGAAAUGCCUAUUGUCAAGAAACGCCAACUGAGGCCUUUCUCAGUCUCAUAAAACGAAACAACUUGUCAGUUGUUUUUGUUUGUUUGUGUGUCCACCAAACUUUAACUAACAUAAGAUUACGUCCCGAUUCAAGAACGCAGCACGCAAUCUAAAAAACUACCUAGUGUUAGCCAACAUCCUGAAUGCCGCCACGCAUGUAGGAACUUUUUAUGCCCUCCGGCUGUAAAAUUGAAAAUUGGUUAGAGAAAAGUGCGUGAGAUUAGAAAGAAAACAGCCAGAGAGCGGCCACCAGCGGAGCGUUGAUUUAAAGGUUGUUCCUCAUGACACCUUCUUUGUCCUCCGGCCAUUAUAGAACACAAGGGUAUACGUACUGGAAAACAAAGCCUCUAAAAAUAACAGCAGCGCAAAUAAUUUAAUUAUUAGGCAUCCACCGACCCAAAAACAUUUUGAAACGUUCAUUUUAAUUUUUCGUACUAAGCAGUGCCGGAUACAGACCUUGAGUUAAGGGGGAGUCUUGUCAUCCAGACCCUUAGAUAAAGGGGGGGAUGGGGGGCGGAGGAUGGUCUCUAAAAAAAACUUUUUUUCGGCCCUUCGGGCCUCAGUCUGGUCUAAAAAAUAGGUGGGCGGGCCCUCCUGGGCCCCUCCCUGGAUCCGCCACUUCUAAGCUGUGCUUUUAACUUUCCAGGUCGGUCGCAAAAUACAUUGUGAAAGUUACAGGAAUCUUAAUAACGUUGCCGCCAAGUUAUCAUUUGCGGUAAGACCUAUUUGAAAAGUAUUAUCUACUAGGCUGUUAAGGCGACCUCUUGUCAGGGGAAAUCAGUUUUACUUGUUUUUCGCUCCCACAUCGAAGUAGAAUUACCUAGAAAAAAUCCUAUUUAUCAUUUCAUAGAGACGUCGUUUUGUAUCACGUGGCCUAGUUUCUCCUUUGAUUACGUCAUCAGAUGAUGCACAUUAUCUGCAACAUCAAGAGACUCCGUAAUGUUUUCUCUGUCCCUUAUUUCAUCAAUCAAAACCUAAUUUCCAAAGGCCUUUUAUAGCUACUCACUUCUUAAGUCCAAUAAAACUAAGGGUAGCUAGUUGUAUGACACAGUGGGAGUUAGCCUACUGAUCAUGCUUAUUGGCCCUGGGGCCCAUUCCUCGAAAGUCCCGGUUACCGAUGCCAAUCCCUAACCCUUACGUAAUCAGGCCCCUUUUAAUCUAAGCCCUUAUAUCUUUUAGGUAGUUUCACGUGGCCGGAUUCUUUCUCACAACACGACUGACCUGUUUGACGGCAUUUUCAAAAGCUGGUCCUUUCGUGUAACUUCACAAAUGUCUCCAUCAGCGCGUCUGAUUGGCUAUUACAUUGAUAAUAAUGGAAACGUAGUAGCUGACAGCAUUUUACUCAAAGUGGAGGACAGCCUUCCCACUGAGGUACGAAAUUGCGCCCGUGGAUAACAAAAAUGACUAAAUAAUAUUCAGUUUUCUUGAAACAAAGAACAAACAUUUCUCAUUUCUCUUUCGAAGAAUGAAGUAGCCUUUUGAGAAUAUUGCAUUUUAUUUGCUAGGUUACUUUUCCUGACGCAUUUGUUCAAGUCCGCGGAUCACGUGUACAGCUCAAUAGAAUUGAUAAACGUCCAAGUGAAAAAUACAUUCUGAAAAUCGAGGCCUCUGAAGGGACAAGGCUUGGCCUUCUGAGUGUGGACGAAAGCGUUUACCUCUUAAGAAACGACAACCGGCUCACAAAGGAAAAGGUAAUUGAAUAAGCGUGUGAAUCUUUACAGGCAUGAAACUCCGACAUAUUUAUGUAUAUAUAUCAGACAAUAGGCCCACUUCCGAGUUCCAAAAACCCUCACUUUCAAAAUAAGGCCAAGUGCACAACCUUUAUUGUGAAAAUGAGUUUGAGAAUGAAAAACAUUUCCAUAUCAAAGGCUGAGCACUUAACCUACAUUUAUGUAGUUUUGAUACAGAGGCCCGUGGGAACUCGAAAUGGCCUAUUUAGUGUGGGUGCUGUAUUUACAUAUAAUUCACGUAGUAGUCUCGCUAAAAGAAAAUAUUCCAACUCACAGAUUUUCAAAGCAGCCGAGGAGUUAGACAUGGGAUGUGGUGUAGGCGGAGGGAAAGACAGCAGAGAUAUUUUUAAGGUUGGUGUGCAAGAAUAUAUAACCCGCGUUAAGCAAUCCAAGUAAGACUCCGUUUGUAUAAGGUGACUACAAAUUUACAAGGCCCAAGGUGUAUUUUUGAAAAAUGUAAGUACGACUUUGUGGAGUAAGGCAGCUAAGACUACCAGCGAUCCUUGUACGGCAUGGGGCUACAAAAAGCAUUCCAAGAAAACGAUGUAUAACAAAAUAAAGUGGUUCAUUGUUUUCCUUUGCAGAAAGCUGGUGUUGUCUUGAUGACUAACGACUUCGUAACUGAUGGAAGAGAAGGUAAAUUAUUGAAACUUGUUUUACUACUGAUUAAACGAGGAUCGCAUCUCUUUGAAAAAAAUUAAAAACAGUUUGCAGCAUAUUUUCAAGCACGCAAGUCCUCUUUCAUCGAUCAUCACCCAUCGAUGUUACAAUUGUAAAGGUAUCAAACAAAGACCUCAAACAAAAGGCCCCGCAAAUUCUCUGAAAAAAACGCAAUGAUAAGUGACAGCUCUGAAUACAGUGCCCUAGCUCUUUUAAAAACACCGUGUUUAAGUUAUGAUUAAAGGUUUUCAAGAGGUUAUGCCUGUUGCUAUGGUAAUUUGUGAUGUUAAAAAUAAUCAUUAUUCGAUUGAUAUCAUUACAUACAUCAUACAUGUACACAUACAUUGGCAUCCUUCAGUCUUGAAAGACUAUGGUGUCGCGAUCUGAUUGGUUAUUCUCGAACAGCGUCGUGUGUGGCUGGUUUGUCCAAUUCGUGAGUGACAGUCCUUUCCUUACAGUGAGCAAAUGUGGUCAAUUGCUGGUCUAUCUCCCUGGUUUCGGGCCUUCCUCGUUCGUGUGUCUCUUUGUCUCAGCCUGUCCGGCAAGUGUCUCUUUAAACUCGGAAAGGUCUUGCUGAACUGCCGGCCUCCAUGAUCAACUUUCUGAAGUCAAAGUUUCCCCUCCGUUGUUGUCAAUUCCCAAGGCCUUCAGGUCCCUCUUGCAGACCUCUUUAAAGCUUAAUUAGCGUCUGUAAGUGGGCCACAUUCUCUGAGCUAAUUCUCCUUAAAGAGAUCCCUUGGGAUCCGGCCGUCGUCCAUUCUCACAACAUGGCCAAGCUAGCGCAAACGUCUCUGUUUAAGUAGUGUAUAUGCUGGGAAUUUCAGCUUGCUCCAGUACUGUGUGUUUGGAACUGUCAGGUGAGGUUAAGCAUGCUUCGGAGACAGCGCACGUUGAAAAUGUUAAGCUUCCUCUCUUGUCUUGCGUGAAGAGUCCAGAACUUGGUGCUGUAUAGAAGUGUGCUCAAAACGUAGGUUCUGUAGACCUAGAUCUUGGUAUUUUCCCUCAGCUUCUUGUUGGACCAUACUCCUUGGUCAGGCUGGAAGUGGUACUAUCCGCUUGGCUGAUGCGCCUGUUUAGCUCGGAGGUGCAUAGAUCGUCGAACCAAGGUAUAAGACGUCAUGGACAACCUCCAGCUCGUGCUCCAAGACCACGACCUGAGCCAUGGCCUGUGUGUUUUCAGGCUGAUCGAGUCCAAAGUCAAGGUGGUGGUUGUUGAUUAGAGGGACUUUGUUCUUAGUCUGAAAAGGGGCUAAAGAGCUUUCCGUCUGACCUGGUUCAAAGGUGGAUGCCCUCUGUUACAUCUCCAAAGGCUUGUUUUGAGCUGGAAAGCGAAGAAAAUACCAAAUAUUAGGUCAGUGAGUGGUCAUAGCUCUUCGUUACUCCACUUCGAUUGUCAAAGGGGUCUAAUGUUGAGCCGUCAAAUCCAGUGUCCUUGAUGUCCUUGUGGCAUGUGGAAAGGAUCUAAUAAUACCGAUGAGCCUGGAUGGACAUCUCUGCUUACCAGUAUCGCAAACCUUCGUGAGGUCUAUGAAGGCUGCGAAGAGUGGUUGCCAUUGUUCCCUACAUUUCUGUUACAGCUGUCGGAGGGAGAACACCAUAUCAAUGGUUGACCUGUUGGCUCGGGAAACACAUUGCAAUUCUGGGUAUUCUCUCCGCCAAAACCUGGAGCCUCUCCAGUGCUACUCAGGCGAGAAGCUUCUUAAUGACGGUAAGGAGAGGGAUGCCACGGUAGUUAUUGUAGUCACUUUUAUCGCCUUUGUUCUUGUUGAGUGUGACGAUGUUUGCAUCCCUCAUGUCCUGUGGUACUUCACCCUCUCUUCAGCAGAGAUAGGAUUUCAUACAACUCACGAGAUGAUGUUUCUUUUGCAGCUCUUCAGGACUUCGGCAAGGAUUCUGUCUUUUUCAGGUGCCUUGCUAGAGGCAAGGGAGUAGAGAACCUUGUUUAACUCUUCAAGGGUUGAAUCACUGUCAAUCUCUUUCAGCACAGAAAGGUUCAGUGCUUCUUCUGUUAUUUCAUUCUCACUGGAUUAUGACUCUGAGUUAAGUGCUACAACCAGCAUUCCAUCUGCUUGGCCCAGCCUUGUAUGAGCUUGCCUAUGGCGGACUUCAGAGGGAUAACUUUCUUCUUUGUUGGAUUUAAGGCCUGCUUAAUACCAUCAUACAUCUCCUUGAUGUUGUAUCAGCUGCUGACUGUAUAUGAGAGCAGCUCUGAAGCCAGUAUUCGUUUUAACAUCUCCUGGCGGUCUGCUGGACUUUGCUGUGAGCGCCUAGGAGAGCCUGCAGGUUGAGUCUACAGUCGAAGCUCUCGUAAGCGACUACUGCAGAAAUUCGAAAAAAGUGGUCGUAACUAGAGCUGAUCGCUUAAGAGAAUGUGCUCUCGUAAGUGACCGUAUGGAAAAGUAAUUGAGGAUGGUCGAUUACGAAAGUUUUAGAAACUCAAUAACAAUUCAUAACGAAAAACAAAAGCAAUUAAUGUUUAAUGAGUGUCUUUAUAUCUAAUAUUAUAAAAAAAUAGAAACGGCUAAACUUUUUAGGUCAUUAGCGCAGUGUGCAGUUUCAUUUAAGUGUUGAUUUAUAUGAAUAAGACUGAGUGGACGCUUAAGAGAGCUUAAAAACAAAGGAAUAGUCCAGUUGGGUAUUCCCAAAAGUAGUCACGGUCGCUUAUGGGAACGGUCGCUUACGAGAGCUUUUCAUUACAAAGUUUCAUUACAAAGGUGGACGUAACUAGACCUGGUCGCAUACUAUAGUGGUCCCAAGGAGAGCUUCGACUGCACUGAGACAGGCUUUGUAUGCUGAAAGGGCGCUCGUCUUUUCAUCAGCGACUGGUGUCUUCUCAGAGAGGGACUCAAACCAGUCAGCAGUCUUGUUGGUCUUCCCGCCAAAAAUGGACAAGUCGGCCCUGUGAAAAGCAUUCUUGAAGUGUUCCAAUUUAUCGCAUACGUUAUCUUCGGGCGGGCCAUAAAUGAAAAAAUUCCUCAAGCGCACGUGCAAAUACCUCCACUUUACCCUGUUUACGGGUUUUGCUGUUGUCAAUGGGAGGCAUUCCCUCCUUUUUUGUGCGAUAAAGUUUCUUUGUUCGCAGUUUUACUCUGCUUCACACCAAGUGGUGGUACGUAUCACAAUCAGCAUCCUGAUAACUGCGCGUGAUGUUGAAGCUGAAAAGGUUGGAACGUCUGGUGAGGAUCAAGUCAAGCUGGUUAGAUCUCAUUUGGGUGUAGUGCGUCAGUUAGUGGGCUUUAGAGUAGCGUCAAUUAGAGAUGUGCUGUAGUCUUGAACCAUAGCAUUAGUGCUGGAAAAUGCUGCAAAAAUUGUUAACACCUUGAUUGUUAAGCCUACUCCAUGCCACCUUUUACUCAGUAUCUGCUGAAAACGGCCUCCUUCUACUACGUUAAUUUGAUUUGAUGGUAUCAAUAAUUAAUUAUAUUGUGUCAAUGCUUUCUUUUUUAAAGAUUAUGGCUGUGCUGAAGAUAAGUCUCGAAAGAGGAGAGAUGUAAGAGGAAAGUUAGGUAAACACUUACUCCAGUUAUGUGUAAGCAAAAUUUUUUUGCGUGACGAAACAAAUAUGAUCCCAUCCAAGAGCUUCUUAUUCUUUUAGAUAUGUGCUUUUUUGCUCAACCAAUAAAUAAAAAAAAAUGUAUGUUGCAUGCCAAUUUCUAAAGAAUAUGAAUACUUUGAAGACUUGUCCAAACUUCUCUUCUUAUAAGAUAAGAUGGCUCAGAAUUGCCGGAAUGGCCAUAAAGAUACUCUGCACUUUCUAUUUGUAAUUAGAAAAAUAAUGCACAAUCCAGAAUCCCAUGAACUGACUAUCAACCACCGACCCAACGCUCAGAUGGGCUUUCUCAAGACUUGACUUAGUUUGGUGUCAGACUGGUAAUCUUACCUUUAAUUUGGUGCCCUUAAUUUUAUUUUUUUGCUGGUCUGUCUAUGUUAUUGGCUUAACAGAGGAUAAAAUAUGUUGCGAUAUGGCCAAAGACAACGGAAAUGUGAGUUGCGGAAAGUUGUCUGUUGAUAGCAACAAAGGAUUAAGCAGUCGAUGCAGAAUGUCCUUCUGGAAAUGCUGCAUGGCUUUGUAUGGAGCGAAAGGUAAUAAUAAUAAUAUCAUAGGUGACGAAUUACUCCUUAAUUUUGGCGCGAAAUUUCAGCCUUAAUUUGUAAUUUCACAUGUAAAAUUACAAAAUUGCCAUGGUAACCCUUACGUACGUCUCAGUGUCAAGAUGGCGACGAAGUUUUAAAAUUCCGUGAAUGAAGAUGUCAGGGCACAAAACGACGCUUUAGAAAACCUGAACACACAAGAGAACAUCAAGAAGGAUUCUAACAGGUAUUUUGCCGAAAAAGUCUGAAAAAUUCUGAACUUUAUAAGACAAAUUUAAGAUCUAAACAUUUGAGAGAGUGGAGCGCUCGAUCGAUACGAUCCAGGAUAAACAUGUCAAAAAUCCAAGAUUGCUAACGUAAUUCGUCACCCAUGAUAUUAAUAGGUAAUCAAAUGGUAUACUCGUGAAAUUAGGGAAUAAUUUCACUUGCGUUUUGUCCAAAUCCUAAUAAUUUCCCUUGCCUGAAGGCUCGGGAAAUUAUUAGGAUUUGGACAAAACGCGCGUGAAAUUAUUCCCUAAUUUCACUCGUCACCAUUUGAUUAAACAUACUAAUUAUCAAUACUACUACUACUACUACUAAUAAGAAUAAUCUGAAGGUUAUUGACAUAGAAAUCUGUGUGAAAAAGACCUCGAAACAUGCACUGUUGGGGUAAAGAGAUAUAGAGAUAUAGGGGAAGUAAGCCAUGGCGGAGCGGAUAAAAAAAACUAAUGUAGGUCUUUUAUAUCCUUUUUUUUUGGGGGGGGGGCUGGGGGAGUGGUUAUGCGCGGCGAAUAUGAACGGUUGCUUGUGUUGCCAAUUAUUAGGUUCAUCUGCAUCGUAAGUCCUAUUUAAAGAGGGGUUUUUAAAAUUAAAAACAAACACGGUCAAACUCAGCUGCUUACUUAAUUAUUCUCAUCUACAGACACAGCACUGCUUGGACGGAAUGGCCUGGAUGCGGGUAAUUUUGACGACAGUGAUGAGAAAAUUCUUGAUCAAACGCAAAAAAGAUCCUUUUUUCCAGAGACAUGGAUCUUCGAUGAAAAAGUUGUAGGGUACGAUUAUCGAGAAUCUAAAUAUUGCCAUUUUAAUUAUAUUUUCAAUAAGACUUUUUCCACGUAACGGCAACCCUCUUUUUUUGACAAUAAGGGUAAACCUUUAACAUGAGAAAAACUGAAUAUGUAAGCGCACUCAGAUAAAACUAUGCUUAAGUCAAUGGCCUCGAUUUAAAAGUGUGGGUUUCUGGAAACCUGGAGGAUCGAAUUGGUGAACUUUCGUCUGGAGGUAUUACAGUGAUUUAAAUUACGUCUGCAUGAUCUCUCUCAGUUCAGUCUAAAAUGGGCUCCCCAAAAGUCGGUCAAACAAUCUCGGACCGAUGUCUUAGUUUACAAAAUAACAAAGAAAUUUAUUUACAGUUUUAAAAAAAAGCCUAUUUGUACUCAAAAAGCCAUAAAAUCGAGGGUCUUUGUCAGUUUUACUAACAAUAUUAAUGCUUUAUUUUUUAUAGUUCAGAUGGCCGUUUUGAGAUGGGUUUUACGAUGCCGGACACUAUAACUACAUGGGUGAUGCAGGCAGUGGCUAUCAACAACAAAACUGGCCUGGGACUAGCAACGCCUCUUAAUAUUGUAGUGUUCAAGGAGUUUUUUGUUUCUGUCAAGAUGCCCUACUCUGUUAAAAAGGGGGAACAAAUCUCUCUUCUGGCAACAGUCUACAAUUAUCACGUUGAAGAGAUACGGGUGAGGCUGAAAACAAAACAAUUGUAGAACGACUUGAUGUAUUGUUUCUCGCACCUUUUUUUUUUUCGCAAAAUCAGUUGAUCAAGGCGCGAAGCGCCGGCGUGAGAUAUUUUUCAUGAUGUGUAAGGCGUAUGGGCACUUGCCUCCCCAGUCUCACACGCAAUUUUUACCCACGGUACGAGAGUUUCGUUUAAUUGCCCACUCGCACUUUCUGAUGAGCAGUGAUGUUAUUGACCUACGCAAACGAAAACCAUUCAUUUCAACAAUAUUCUUGUCACUCUUAAAGGCUUUGCCUUUGUUCUCAAUUGCAAAGACAAUUGUUCUAGACAAAUAUUACUGAAUUGCAUUCCUGUUAUUUUGGUACAUUUCAGGGCUUCAAGAAAGGGUGUUGUCUGUAAAUAAAACCAACAAUUUUAUCCUAAGUGAAAAGAAGUUUAAUAAUAAUAAUAAUAAUAAUAUUUAUUGAUUUUUAUUGCGCAAAUAUCAAUCCAGGGAAAGAAAUUUUCAUCUGCGCAUAACAUUGACUCAACAAAAUCCUAAAAUCCUAGUACAUAUUCCAAAAGUCUUAUUUACAGAUCGUUCCUAAAAAUUAGUAAAAAAAAUAACAAUUCAAAAAUAAAAAUUAAUCUUUAAAAUCCUAUAUACAAAUCCUUCUUAAUAAAGAGAAUAAAAACAAUAAAUUAGCUGGGAAACGCCUUCUGAAAUAAAUGAGUUUUAAGCAUUAACUGAAGAUAUAUUUCUAAUAAAAAGGGGAAGAUCGGUCCAUAAUUUAGGGGCAGCCAUAUAAAAAGAUCGAUCACCAAGCGUGGAAAGAGACUUGCAUGGUGGAAUGUUAAGAAGUUUGCCGUCAUUUGAUCUAAGAUAGUACCUACCCCCUGUGUCUUUCGGUGAUACAAGUUCGGAAAUGUAAGUCGGAGCAAGUUUAUGAAUGGCCUUAAACGUUAACAAUAAAAUUUUAAAAACAAUUCGAUGGGACAAUUGCACGAUAAAGACAUUUUACUACUACUACCAUGAUCCUUCAGUUUUAGUUUCCUUGUUCAAAGCGGGAUCGAAAACAUAAUAAGAAAGCAAAAAUGAUAUUCUGGUAGUUUUAGUCGUGUCGUCAGCGUGAAAAUGGCCUAUGCCUAUUACCGGCGGCUGGGCGAUUGCGAUAUAAAAAGUAACAUUUUAUAGUUCAUCUUAUAGUUUCUCGCUGGUUAGAGUCGAAUUAAGCAGUAUUUCUCACUCGUCUCGUGUUCUCCUCAUCAGGCUAAAUUGUACCUCAGAGGAGACCAGGACUUUUGCUCGAUUGCGCAGAAUCGUGAACUUUCUUCAAUUGGAAAUUUUCGAGUACCACCACGUGACGCCAGAUCUGUAGCAGUUCCCAUUGUUCCCAAAAGAGUUGGUGAAACUGAAAUUGAAGUGUCUCUCAUUGUUCAAAUAAAACAUGGUGGCUCGUUCAGAAACGCCGCAGGAGAUAUUGUGAUUAAGAAACUUCUUGUUGUGGUAAGUAUACUUGUCUGCAACCUGAAUUGGCCAAAGGCAGAAAAUAGCAGUAUUCCUUACUUUCUCGUUUGGGUGGUGCUCAAUCGUGGUAAAUUUGCAUACACUGCAAGUGCAGUUAAUGAAAAGAACAAAACAUAAUGAAAAAGUAUGGUGCACAUGAACCAUCACCUAUUAAAACGACAGUUAAAAGAAUAUUGUGGUAUUUUCCGCUUUGGACAAUCAUCUGUUACUCCAUUUGCGACCAUCGUUCAAAUUAAAGCGAUCACCUCUCCAAAACUGUUCCCACAUUUUCCUACCCAAAGUCCUUACUGAAAAAACGACCACCUCCUUCGUCGAUCGUUAACCACUGCGACCACAUUUUAGGGUGAUGAUUUAACAACUUUGCAUUGUUUUAACCUCUUGAAAGCGACCACUUGAAAUAUGUUCGCCGCAAAUGCAGAGUGUACUAUGCUACUUGUCGAAUAGCCAAAAUUAACGUAUAAGAAUGCUGUAAAAAGUUGUUAGCCAUUUGAAAAACAAGCUCAUUACAGAUUUCAUUAUAUUAACAGAAUUGAAAUCAGAAACUAAAAAUGGUAGUUGUUCUACCUAAGGAGUGAUGAAAACGCGCACUUGCUUGGUUCUGACAAUAUAACUAUUGCUUUGCCUACUUUAUUUGGCGCAAUGAUUCAUCUAUUUUGUUUUAAAAAGCCAUGUUUUUCGUUCUAUUUCUAGCCGGAAGGAAAGGAGACCCAGAAAUCUCAAACUUUCAUUUUGGAUCCAAACGGUAAUGCCCCACACUUUAGAAAGGAAUUUGUAGUCCUCUCUUUUCCCUUCAUUUUUCUUUCCUUUUCCUUUCUCUGCGGAGAGACAUGACGUGUAAUUAAGGUCAGGGGGCUUCCCAAUAAUGUCGCAAUGCAUGGUUGUUUGUCGACAGUGGCUUUCACACUCCAAAUGCUUAUUGUUUAUGGUAACUAUCCGGUACCUGCAGAGUCUUGAAGAGACUGAAGUCCGACAUCAAUUCAAAACUGACCACCUACCCCUCCCCUAAGCCAACAUUUUGCCUUAAGUGAUAAGUAAGUGUUAAUGUUGGUUUAGGGGAGACGUCGGUGGUCAGUUUCCCAGAAACGUUUUUAAUGAUCCGGAGUCCCACUAAGGUCACCCUUGGAAAGCGGGAAAAGUGCCUGCAACUAGAGUGGCAAUUCUUUCAGGAAUGGUUCAUAUUCUAAUUAACGAUUGAGUUCAAAUUACGUGGUUUUGUGAAGUCCCGUCCGUCAGCACUGGUCUUCACCAAAGAAAGUUAACCCGUCUAAAGAGCUGUGACUGCGUUUUAAAUUCCUACUUCUUAUCUGCCCAUACAGGCCCUUCUCAGUCACUCGUCCCCCUCGCGUCAACUAUAAAACCUUACUGUUAUAACUGAUCUUUUCUUUUAGGAUAUCUUAGCGAUAGACCGAGGAGUGAAGAUAGCAAACCAGAUAAACCAAUUAAGUUUCCAUUCGAGAGUACAAGUAUGUAUGAUCAAUCUGCUACAAGCCUUGAACCCCCAGGCCUUUUUAUUUGUCAUCAGUAAUGAUUUGUUGAAAAUGUUCUUUAACAGUAAUAAAUAAGAAUUGCAAAGCUGCAGGACAUUAAUAAUGAAAUAUGUCCCUUUACUCUAGGGCAAUAUCGACCGAAUGAUCAGUUGCAAGUUGAUAACAUUAAGCUGUCAGUACCGAAAGCAAUAAUCCCUGGAUCAGUUAGUGCAAAGAUUUACCUAACAGGUGAGAGAUUUUAUCAAACGAACUUUGGGUUUUGGCAGCAUGCCAUGAGUCGAGGAUAACGUUCUUUAAGGUUCUAACCGACCCAAUAUUUUUUCUGAACUAUUGUCAAUGAUUUUACAUCUAGUUUACUUAAAUCAACAACUAAAACAACAACAUAUAAGUUCUGUAUUAAUAGCGGCCUUCUAAAAUAAUCUUCAAUUUCUGUACUAACCUUCUGAAGAGGGAAACACAUGGCCGAAGCCGAAGGAGUAAGUUCUUCUACAGUGAAGUUGAUUUCCGAAAAGUGAGAUGGUUGUUGUUGUUAGUUCCAUAGUAAUGCACCUUACCAUUAUUUUCUAGUUUCUCAGUGUUGCUCUACACGGUCUUUCUUGGUUUAAUUUGAACGUUUCUCUUGAGCUAGCACCGAAGUCCGGGGGGAGGGUACUUCCUUAUAAGAGGCUAAUGGGGAUGUCCCGCUGGAUGGGGUCGCAUUUGCACUGCUGGAUUGACUUUUUGGGGUAACACAGUUCUUCACAUUCACGGUUAGCAAACGUAACAGAAUGCUUGUACUAAAGGUAAAGUAAAGUGUUCUUUGAUUCAUUCAAUAUAAGGUAAAUAAAUAAAUAGAAAGUGACUAAGUUAGGAUCGCAAAAAUUACAUAUUUGCCCAAAAGUGACUGAGAUGAGGUCUAUAAUUGGCCACCGAAUAGACCAUAAUGGGGUAGGGGCUCUGAAAGGCCAGCGGCACAUACCCAGCAAAAAUUAACCCAAGUACCCCCCCUGCCCCCCGAAUCCAAGUCUUUGUCUUUCCUCUCAAGGAGUCUAUGAAUUAAAGGCAAGUGGCCUGUAGCGUGAAUAUAAUAUCUUUUAAUGAUUUCUGGCCUGCUCUUUACAGAUCUUUGCAUCAUUCCUGAUGUGAUCUAUUUAUUUUAUCCUUAGUACCCUGCGAAGGCAGCGUCAAUGAAAAGCGUCGAGCUUAGCUUCCUAUUGACUUUUUCUGUGACCUUCUACGUCUCAUUAGCAUAUACUGACACUGUUGGCAUGACAACAAAGGAGUGAAGCUGAAGUUUCAAGCGAAGGGGGAUUUGCUUUAGAUGGCCAUAUUUUAAGCUUCAGCUUCACUUUAACUUUUUUUCUCAUUUCCCUCUAAUUUCCUAAAAUCAAUUACCAAGAGUCAAUUACGGUACAUUUGACGUGUUUUUGAAAAGGCCAAAUGCUCGAUAGUAUAAAGGGUCGUCUAUAUUUCCUGUAAGGCAGAGAAUCGUUGAUAGAUUUCUUUUUCUUGUCAAGGUGCAUUUUGUUUGUGUGAUAUGUGUUAUCUUAAUAUCUGGAUUUUUAUUUGCAAUUUCUAGGAAACCUUCUUGGUCCUAUCAUUAAUACUACUAUCCAAGGUGGUCUGGAAAGUUUUAUCCGUAUGCCUGGCGGGUGUGGGGAGCAAACGAUGAGAAGUUUUUCUCCAAACGUCUAUGUGUUUGAAUAUUUAAUGAACACCAACCAAGUCACAGGAACGAUGGAGGCAAACGCUCAUCGUUUCAUUCAGGCUGGUACGGAUACUUAGAAAGUAUACCGUAAAAUUCCGAAAAUAAGCCCCUCUAAAUAUAAGCCCCGCAAACUCGUAACGCAAAAAACCCUGCGUUAAAUUGCCCCUCCAAAUAUAAGCCCCCCGGGGGGCUUGUACUUGGAAAUUGCCCUCAAAUACAAAGUAAAACAAAGCAAAAACGGUAAAUUUCCUCCCAACUAUAAGGCUAGCCCAGUCGAUUUUGAAAAGCAAAUUUCCCUCCGUAGAUAAGCCCCUCCAAAAAGGCCUUUGAAAAAUAUAAGCCCCGGGGCUUAUUUUCGGAAUUUUACGGUAAUUAAUAAAGUGUCCUGCUCUUAGCGUGCUCCAUUUAAACGCAAUUCGUUAGUUCAAAACUGUAGUCAAUGUUUGUCACAUGGCUAUUGAAACCUAUUGACCUGACGGGAUGGGAGUAUUUUUACUUGGCUUUAGUCGUUAUUCUCAGGCUACCUGAAACAAAAUUUGGGCUUUCUCUUGAAUCAUCAUCCUUGCAGUAGACUUAUUAACGUUUGGAACAGUUUAUUUAAGAGAGGGAUUUUAAUUCAGUUACGUAUAAAGAUCCUGGAAAAGAUAUGAUUUAUACUCUUACCUGUGGACAUAAAUGGAUAUUCAACUGAAAAAAAAAAAAUGAAACCUUGCGUCUGACAAUUACUCAGAUGAUGAAUUAGUACUGAAGAGUGAAAGCGAUGAAUAAUUGAAUUUUUUCUCGUUAUUUUUCUUAACUAGAAAUGUCCCGAUGAAGUUUUGAUUAAAAGUUGUUUUUGCUAGGGUACCAAAGGGUUCUCACUUUUCGUCGCGCUGAUACAUCGUUCAGCAUUUGGGGUGAAGAUCGACCAGGAAGCGUAUGGUUUGUAAAAGUUUACAUCCUUGUCAAUUUACGAUAACAAAAAAAAGUACGUGCUUUUAAGAAAAAGUACGAUGAUGAUGAUUAUUAUUGAUAUUAUAUUUUACAUCAUUGUUAUUAUUAUUUUGAUCAUGAUGAUGAUUUCGAUGAUGAUAUUGUUCACUUAUUAAGAACUAAGGACUCUCUGAGGAGAAGUUAUCUAAAUGAAAAACAUUUCAGACAGUUUUUAACUAUUCCUGCUUUUCCCGCACGACCGUACACUGGUGACAAAGACUUUCCUGUGUUACAAUUAGGCUGACUGCGUUCGUGAUGAAAACAUUCUGCAAGGCUCAGAAGUUCUCUGGAGUGAAUAUUGAUGAAAACCUGGUUUGUACUUCAGUGCGCUGGCUGAUUCAGAACCAAGGUGGUGCUGGGUUCCCAGCUCUCGUUUAUGGAAGACAUCUCGCGGUAAGUUGAGGAAAUCAGUGCUUUCCUUUUUAACACUCGUUACUUGUGUCAGCUACAUCGAGUAACGUUAAUUUUCUCACUUGGUUGUAAGUUGGGGGAAAUCACUAAGUGCUCUCCUUCUAACAGGCUGUACUUGGCUAAGCUGCAUCGUGCCACGUACGUUUAACAUUCUCUACGGGAAAGUAAUGCUUAGUGUAUUAUCAAAAAUCAAUUUAAACGUCCUUGAUGCCCAUCGAACGUUCUUAGAAACCAGGAAUGACUAUGCGGAGCCAUCUCGGCCCGUCUCACAAACGCAACUAAAACCCAACCAGCUGAACUCAAUUAAUGGCGUCGUCAGAAACAAAAGAAAACAAGUCGUUAAGCUAUUGACGAUAAAAACGCAAUCUUUCUUUACUUAAAUAACGUUAAGCUUGACUGAGAUAUAUGGGAUGUUUAAAAGCACCGGAUUUAUUUUACCGAUGGAUUGGCACCAUAUAUUAAGUUUAAUAAUUCAUUUUAGUCUAUUUCUAUUGACUGACAACGUUUCCUAUUUCCCGGCAUUUGAAAACGUCUCUAUAAAGUGAAGCUUUCUUUUUAAGGGCGGAGUUUCCGGUGAAGGAGCUGUUGCCAUGACAGCGUUCGUCUUGGCAGCCUUGGCGGAGUGCAAAUGCCAAGGAGUGGUAUGUAGAUGACAAUGCUUCUUUCCAUAUUUCCUUGUGUUCAUUUAUUAUAUAUUUGUUUACGGUAACUGGUGUGACUUUUGUUUCAAAACGAUCUUGAUGCCUUAAAAAGCAGGAAAGUAAUAAAACGUUUUGACACUCGACAUUAUAAUAUAUAGACAGUGAUAAUUAUUACGUGGCCAAUAUUGAAGGCUGAAGUGAUUACAAAAUUUUAUUUCUGGGAUAAAUAACCAAAAAGGCAUGUUUGUAACAUGCAACUUCUUCAACGUAGCAUAAUUACUUUACCAGAAACUAAUUAGUGGCGAAGAGGAAGGCUAGAAAUGAUAGUCCCAAUAGUGAGCACGAUUUAGCUAGGAUCCUUUUCUAAUGAAAAUCUUGGAUCCAUUCCUUUUUAAACCAACGUGUCUUCUGAAUACUUGCCCUUAGAAUUCACAAACGGCCAUAAACAAUGCCAAAGCCUACCUUGAGGUACAAUACAAGACCCUAAACAAACCGUACAGUAUGGCACUGACAGCUUACGCGCUGAGUCUGGUGAACAGCGUAGAAAAAGUUAAAGCAAACGACAGGCUUGUACAGAAUGCUGUCUACGAUAAUGGUUAGUACCUCGAAACGCACUUUGAAAUUCUCGUUCAGACCUAUCACAUGGAGGUACCAAUUAUUCUGCUUUAUUACUCAAUAAACACCAAUAAAAUACCAGGUGUUCUUUUACUAGAAACUCCCGCAUGAUAUCUUCACACGCGAAAAUAGCAUGUUAUUUAAACUCGUGAAAAGAUCACCGUUGCUAAGGUUUCAUAUAACAAAUCGCGCUUUUUGCUGCAAAAAAUAUAUACUUCAUUGGUGUUUAUACCCCUAAAUAGAAGAUUGUAUGGCCGCUUGGAGAUGCUGAAUUUCUCUUCUCGCGUUGAAAAACUGAUUACACGAAUGAGCGAAGCGAACGGGUGAAAUAAUUUUCUACACUCGAGGAGAAAUUACGUAUCUCCCUGCGCCCACGUAAUAUCCUCUAUAUAUUGAUGGCAGUAAAAAAGUCACGUUACUGGAACGCUGGAGGAGAGGCGCUCAAUAUUGAGACCGCUGGUUAUGCACUGAUGGCUCAGAUAAUUCUGGGACGUACUGGCUACGCUGGUCCCAUUGUUACUUACCUAACCAAUAAGAGAAGAGGCGGCGUUGGAUUCUCUUCGUCACAGGUAUGUAACAAUUCUCAAAUUAAACUUAUCCUUAAAGUUAGGUUGCUCUUCUUUGACCGCCUUGAGCCAAACAAAUUUUCAGAUUGAAGAUAAAGGAAGUAACUCAGAUCCAAAGGUUACAAUUUUUACCAUUAAAAGUCAAAUAAUCGAGCAACAUCUUGUUGGUGUACUAAACUGUCUUGAACUUGCACAAAAAAGGGUUUUUUUGUACGUUUUUUGAGUCAUUUUCUGGUAUUUCUCAACAUUGUUAGAGAGAACCAAUUCAGGAUAAAUGACUGAUUACCCAACACAUUUGAUUGCGAUAAGGCUAACCACAAUUUCCAGCACAUUCCAACAACUGUACUUAGCUGGAUCAACAUCGCGCCUCUUUUUCUUUUGAUGCUACAAAUAGGGUAUUGUAGCAGGGGCUUGUAUUUAAAGGUUUGUCUUAACAGAUUGGCUCAAUAUCCUUAUUAAAAAUCAAGGCAACGAUUAAACAACGAAAAUGAUGCGUCUAGUCCGCCCACCCCCAAAUAAACAAACAGUAGGAACUGCUGCAGGUUUUAACAAUAGGCCUGAUACAUUCAGACUGUAAAAGAAAAGCAACUUAUGCAGUUGUGUUUCAUAUUUUUUUUCGUUUGUUCUCCAAAAAUAGACACCACGGGAAACUUUAUUUUACUGCACCAGGAAAGUUAACGCAAUUAUUAUUUUUUUAUUGAUAGCGGAUAAGCUUUCUCCCGAUUGCAAAGUGAUAAAAAUGUUAACAUUCGAUAACUUAAAUGCUUCCACCACUGUUUCCACUCACCGUAGGAAAAGACUACGGCUAUCAUGUUUUCCCCCAAAAAUGACGCCGAUUCACACACGCGCGCGUACGACAUAGUAUUGAGAAAAUCACUUUCUCGUAGUCGUUCUCGUACACAAACACAAGCAGACUGCAAAAAUGUCAUAUAUAGCGACGAUCAUAAAAUAGACAGGCUUUUUUACGUUUCUUAUAAACUGCCUUGUUUUACUGCAUGACCACUCUUUCGCAAGACGCUGAACAUUAAAAUAUUGAAGAAGAUUUGAACUUGCGUAGAAAAAUGAUGACGGCUAUCACGUUUCCCAUCAAAAUGACCCUGGUAGGCGCCCGCGCACUGCUUAGAUUGAGAAAAUCUCUUUCCUGUAGUCAUCGUCGUACGCAAACACGAGCACACAGAUUUGCGCUGGUCAUCCAUGUAAAAUAAAGAGGCUUUUUUACCUUUCUUGUAGUCUACGUUGUUUUACUGGGUGACCACUCUGUCGCAAGAUGCUGUACAUUGAAAAAUAGAAUGAGAUUUUAACUUGCAAGCGAGGCUUAAUGAGCCAUUGACUUUUAAUUCAUAAGAAAAACAGUUCUUCUUGGAAACCAUGUCUCAAACUGAGGCCGUACUGAUUUAUAAUCAUCCAGUACAUAUAACGUCAAUUUAAGGGUACGUGCAUAAGGACACAUAAGGUCCUGUAUAUUUGCUGUUUCAUGCAGUCAGUGUAUUGUUUUUCCACAGGACACAUUUGUAGCUCUGCAGGCACUGGCUUUGUACAGUGAACGUACGGCGGGAAACACUUUGGACCUGAGAGUCAAACUGACCUCUGAAAUUGACGCAGCCUGGAAACCACCUGAGAUACAUAUUACUCCACAAAAUGCCCUUUUAAGAAGACAAGUUGAUGUAAGGAAUUUUAUUUCACGACGAAUAAUAGUUUUAGGGAGAUCGUAAAAUUUAGAAACACUGAAAGAUGUCAAAUAGUUAGUCAUUUACCCCAGUGUUAAGAUCUGAACUACUAACGGAAAUCGUAACUUUGUCAUUGAGGCAAUGCACUUUCCGGAAUAAGUUUAAAGAAAUGGAGGUAAUCGGAGAGUUCUUCGAAUUACCUCCUCUAUAGCAUGAGUAAAAAGGCUGUUUAUCUUAUUUAUCCCUUUUUAAUGUAGGCAUAUUAAUUAAUUUUUACUCAACCGAGUCUCAAAUCUAGCAUCUUUUGAUUUAUUGACAGGUUAAGAAUUUCUUGGGGGGAAAAUUAUUUGUGGAAACCAGAGGAACUGGGGUUGCGAUGCUCGAGGUAAGUCAAGAAUUGUUUAAAAAAAAGUAGGUUGCGCGACUCUGAAACUCUGAUUAAGCUAUUACAAAUAUUUCAUAUAACUUGCAAAAAAUAGAUCGUUUUAGUAAUGCGUUUAAAGAGAUAUCGUUAUAGCGAAGCACCACGGGUAAGAAUAAAAUUAAUCGUCCGCAUGUAGGUAUGUACGCCCUCCCCUUCUUGUCCUAGGCAUGUGUUUAAAAUGUUAUACUCAAUUGGCAGCUGUCAAAAUAGGGUAUCAAUACUUCAGGGAGACUUUUCUUAAAAGUUCCCACGAGAGCUUCGCUUUUGGUCAUCUGAUAUAUUUAGUAAAUAAUCGUCAUCGGCAAAUUCAGUCACAGCUGCCGCCUUACAUGAUUGGUGGACGCAACCUCUUUUGUUAAUUGGUGUAGUCAGGGUUACCCGUGAUAGAAUGAGAAAAAGAAGCGGUUAAAUAGGAAAGAGAAGUUGCCUUCAAGAGGCCAAAAAUAAUGCAGUAGAAUUGGGCGAAAUAAAAAAUUCAAAGAAGAAGAACCCAGUCAAGUAAGAAAGAUAACGCUGUGAGAUUAGACAUUUCAUAAUGGUCAAAAAAGGGCGGGAAAGGCCAGAAAUCUUAGAUCACUAGGCUCUCACUUUUCAACGCUGUUUUUUUUUUCUGAAAGGUUGAUGUUCGCUACAACGUACCGGCGAUAUCUCCCAAUGAUGUAUGCAAAUUUGCACUGAAAACAACAGUAACAGAGAUAAAAGAUGCUGGUCCUGAGCAAAACGAUGCAAAAGGAAACGGCGACGAUAAAGCGAAAUCGAAAAAGAAAGGAAGGAAACCAAAAAAUAAAGGUGGAAAGAGAAAGAAAGGAUGCAAAGGAAAGAACAAAAAUAAGAAAAAGUGUGAAAAGAAGAAACCUCCACCGAAGCACCAGCCCGUCAAGUCCAUUCAAUUAAAGGUUUGCACACGGUAAGGGAGAGUUACAGUCGAACCUCCACUAACGGCCGCCUCUCUACAACAGCCACUCUUUUUGGCGGACAGGUCAUACAUUGACUCUUGUUUAAACCUUUCUACAAGGGCCACUUUUUUGGCGGACAUACCAUACAUUGACUCUUGCUUAAGCCUCUCUACAACGGCCACUUUUUUUGGAGGACAUGCCUUACAUUGACUCUUGUUAAAACCUCUCUACAACGGCCACUUUCUUCUGUCCCCAAGGUGGCCGUUGUCAAGAGGCUCAACUGUAUAGGCCACCAAACUCAGAAAGGGGGGACAGCCCCCUCACCCUUCCUCUCCAGCCCAACCCCUAACAUGUGAAACAUAUGUAUACGGUGCUUAAAGGGGCCAUGUCGAGAGGAUAUUGCUCUCAUAGGUCAAUUCUGUGUUGAAGUCGUUACUUAGUGCCUUUAAUUUACCCAGGAAGCACUUAUCACAACAUUUUUGGGUCAUUUUUGCAGGAAUGGCAUGGAAACGCAAAAAAGUUGGCUCAACUUAUUUAAGUUUUAAUCCAUGACAAUCCUCGCCAUCCGUUGCAACAGAAGACAGGAAACAGUUUCAGUGCCUAGAUAUAGCCUUAAAAAACAAGCCUGGACCAUUAUUUUUAGAAUUCAAUUGAUGAGAAGACACAUUUCAGUUUUUUUUUUAAGCAAACAGCGUGAUACAGCCCCUUCAGCAUCAACCAACAUCUUCUAUAUAUAUGUUACCAUACACGAUGUACUCUUUCCGAUCUUUACUGGUCGCGGGCUCAUGGAGACCACGUUUCAAUACAUUGAAUACUUCAGUCACAAUGCCAGGUCGUUACCCAGGGGCUCAGGGGUGCGCCCCCCUGAGGACCUGCGGUUUCUAAUUAACACUGUGCAGUGAAUAAUACAAAAUUUGUCUGUAUCGUUUGAUAUGUAUUCUCAGCAGCUCACAUUAUGUUAUUACCUAGUCAAAAGCCUUCUUCAUAUUCGCUUUUAAAAUUUGUUUACGUCAUCGAUCAGUUACGCCAUCCCUUAGUGGUGCACCCCCUCCUGAGAAAAAUCCUGGAUCCGCCCCUGUUACCUGACGUCCUAAUAAAUUUUCUUUAUUGUUCUUAAUUUGCAGAUAUCGCGAAAGAGCAAAUACAAGCAUGUCAAUCAUAGAUAUUGGCAUUUUAACGGGAUUCAAACCAGACCAGAAAUCACUGAAGGUAGAGUCCAUUGUUUUCUACCAAAAAUUAAAGGUUCUAAUGUUAUGCAUCUCGGUGACUUCGAUUGUUGCUUAUUCAUGAGGUCGCAGAACUGGAUUCCCUGUUGUUGUGGCUGGCAUCACCACUAAAACUGCAGGAGUAAAUCAUUUUCAUCUAGCCAUGUCACAGUUGUUUUCCCUCGAAAGGGGAGGGAUUGAAAAAGCAGAAAAAAGAGGGUUCUUCAUCAGAAAUUUAACUGGGGAGGAUGGGACCGGCGCCCGGGGGAUAUACUCCCCCACACGGGCUACAUAGGUAUGUGCCGCCUAUUAGGGCUAAUUUUUGAGAGUCUCCGUCCGUAGAAAUAUUCGAAAACAUUUUUGCCCUUGUUGGCUUUGCGUACCCGGUGUGAUCCUUAGACAGAGUACCGUUAUCAUGUCAGAUAAAAUUCGAGCUCGUAAAUACCCAGUUAAGGGAGAAACAAAUCAUCUGUUAAAACCAAGAGCCAUAAUGGCCCUUGUUAAAACUGAACUUUACCUUAAAGUAUUAGGAAAGCGGUUUAAAGAAGAUUUGUGUGUUUCGAUUGAAUGUUUGUUAGGUUUUGUUUCUUUCUUAAACUGGGUCUUUUUUCAGAUUUGGGCCCUAAAUAGGGUAUCCGUUUUUCUUUGUCUCUUAUCCUUAAAUAGGGUCGGGGUUUAAGAUUUUCAGGUCCCCCGUGGUUUUUUGCUUCUUUCUCCGGAAGACUGAACUCAUUCCUAUUUGAAAAUUUAUUGGAGUUGUCCUUGACCGUUAAAACUGAUGACCCAGAGGAUAGGGGUUCAGGGGGCGAAUGGGUUAAAUGUCUUUUUUUCAGAUUUUAUUAAUCCCUUUUCCAUCAAAAAGCAAGACUGCCCUCCAACACCUUCCCGUUUUACGCCUACCAUGCACCCUUAGUACUGUUGUUUUAAGGAUUUGAAAUAAUUGAGUAUUAAUUUGGUGUUUUACCUUUGACAGCUGCUUGAGAAUGUGGCUGAAGUAGACCGACAUGAGGUUUCUGACAGGUCAUUGGUCCUAUACUUAAGUGAGGUAAGCCUUGUAAUCCCGGGCUCGUACGGAGUUUUUUAGGAGAAAUUGUUUAUUGUUUAUGUGGGCUGCCUUAACACCUUGUCGAUAAAAGGAGUAAAGAAAAGCAGGCUUCCAAUUGGAAUCGCGUUCUACAGAGAACGAAAUAACUCAAUUAACUCACUUGUUAGGCUAAAAUGUGCCAAUUAGGCCCCCUUUAUACAAGAACCUGUUUAACCUAAAAUUUGAAACAGGUUCUUAUUUUCUAAAAUCUAUAAACAAAAUUAUGUUCAGUUCGGCAUAUAAAAUAAGCCAGCUUUCAAGAUCCUCUUUUGAGACAUAUGUUCCCUAUAACAUAACAUAACAUGACAUAAAACUUUAUUUAAACUCGAAUUUUAGAGUAGCUAACAAGCUAAUAUCUUCGAGCUGACACUAAAUAAAAACUAUAUAGAAAAUAUAUAUAUACAACUCCAACUCCAACUGCGAUGUAAUCGUAUGCAGAUUUUAGGUAAGGAAUAAGCUUAAUACCAGUAAUAGUCUUAGCCUGUUCACAGACACUCUAUUUUUUCUUCAAAGUCCGUAGAGCGCGCGAGUCAUUCUUUGACUCAAUCCUCAAUAACAUUGGUCAAAUUUAAUUGGUACUGUGAAAGCGGAGGUGAUAAUGAUAAGGCGUUGACAUGAGGGAGGGAAUUAAUAAAUAAUGUCUCCGACUUUUUUCCCAAAGAUGUCUACAGACGUUCUUCAUUUUUCUUUCUCACGCUCUGCGCUCGGUCUCGCUCUCUCUCACUCGCUUCGCUCGCGCGCUCGCCGAUGUUUUCGAAAAGAACGAAAAGAAAAAUAAAACAACGUGUGUGUACAGGCUAUAACAGUCUAAGCUACUACGUAUUUUUUUUUUCUUCAGACAAGAACCUAUUUAGGAACCUUGUGCUAAUUAUCAUUUAUUUAAGAACCUUUUUAGGCUAACUUGGGAAAAUGCAGGUUCUUACCCCGGUUUUUUACCGAAAUGUAGGCACAAAAAUCGACUUUAACACGCAACAUAGUGAAUUCAAGGACACAUUAAUUGUGAUUUUUGUAGACAGCUUUCCGUGUUGAAGAUGUAUACGUUUGUGUAACAGAGAGUUGAUUGUUAUCAUCUUUGCAGAUUCCAAAUGAUCGUGAACUUUGCGUGAAUGUUCAGUUUGACCGGGAAUAUUUCGUGGGUGUGGUGCAGGCGGUUCCUAUUAAUGUCUACGACUACUACGAACCAGGUCAGUCACACUCUUCUGCAUAACAUGAAACUAAAGGUCCUUAUUUUACGCCGGCAACUUGAAAUAGUGCACAAUUGGACUGGCAAGAGGCAACUGGUGUACCACUCAUUUACCCCCCUCUCUCUAUUAGUCUUCAAUAGAGGGGAGAAGUGUGAAGUCACGUUACCAUAGCAGCAAAAGUUCUGGAUCACAACAGUAUGGGGCUUAAAGUGAUGUUACCCGAGACGAUUCGCAACGACGAUUUCUAGCGCAACACUGCGUUCAAAUGUUGGAACAAUGUUACAGCCUUUCAAAACGAUGUCGCAACGAUGUUGUAAAGCUGUGUUGCGCUAAAAAUUCGUCGUUGCAAAUCGUCUCGUGUAAAAUCACCUUUAAGCAACGACGACAGCGACGGCAACGAGAACGGAAAAAAGCAACAGGUUUAGAUCAGCAGAACAAAAACUUUGCACGAGCAUCAUGCUUUUUUGCACAUUUCUUAGCCGUUGAUGCACGACUGCGACAUGAAACGUCCAAAUUUCAUGCGCCCGCUUUGGAGUUGGUGAACACAACACAUACUUGGAUACGAUCCUUUCGGAUUCAACCCCAGAGAAUUUCGCCAACAUUUGACAAAUUAAAUGAAAUUGAGUAAGAUCGAUGAAGUUCGAAACACUACUAAUUCACCUUUUUAAAGGGGCUAUGUCAGCUGGAGAGCAUGCGCUCUGAGGUUAUGCAAAUUACUUUCAACUGUCAAAAUUCUAUUGUUUUUAACGCGUGACUUUCUUCAUGUUCUCUGUCACGUCCAAGGUUCCGAAUUUAGAGAGGUUUAGCGAAAUGGGUUUAGAUAAGGGAUAUUUCGAUAGAAUUUAUGGAACGUUUCUUCUCUGGUUAUGCUAGAUCAAGAAUAAAAUUGCGACGACAAUUUUACUUGUAGUUUUGAAGUAAAAACGCAUGCCAUUCAUAAAAUAGAGCGCAAACAAAAAUUCAACAACAACAUAUUGUUUUAUUCAACAAAAUAAAUGGAAGUUGUAUUUUACAAACGAGCUACAAAAGACGCUAGACCGAAGAUAAAGACCAAGACUGUUUCAAAUCAUUAACAAUUAGACUUGUCUGUCGCUAUUGAUUUUAUAAUUUAGAUGCUGAUAGAACAAGAGACCAAGUCUUUGUUUUGAUCUUAGGGAAACAUACAUUAUCGCGCAAAAUUGUUCGAUCGUGCCGAAUCACUGCGACGUCGAGAAAAACAGAACCCAGCAUCAUUGGUAUACUACUCCACUAUAAGCAGUCCGUUGAUAAAAAGGGAAAGCAAACUCUGCUAUUUUCCAAAAUUAUGCUCCAACAAAAACAAUUCAAAAACAUGGCAUUUACAGGAUCUAACUCGUACUAAGGUGCCUCUCUAAGUCCGUUGAGAACAAUCUGGAAGAGCAAACGGUCGUGUUUAUCUUUGCCGUGAAUCGAGAUAAAUACAAGAAGGAAUCUAGCCGAAUUUUAGAAUGUUUCCUUCGCCAGGAGUUUAGUUUCGUCACGAAACUCAUGGCCUGAUGCUCUUGUAAUCGUUUACAAAAAACGGCCGCCGCCAACUCGAUAGCCGCUUCAUUAUAUGUCCACAUACUUUGAGCACAAGAAAAAUCCAAGAGCCAGCAGCCUCUAAAAUAACUCAAUAGAAAGGUCCUGUGAACUAUAGGGAAGAUUCCAUCAAAGAUUCCAUCACUCAUUGUGGAGUAGCCGUCAUUAACUCUGCCAUUACAACGGCCGCUGAUAAGAGGACACAGUAAAUCCACGUAAAAACAUUCCACAGGCAAACAAUUUUAAAAUAACACCAAAAAAUUGUUCUGUAAUCACCAUAGAAUGAUUCUUAAUACAAAACUUCGCUAACUAUCGAACGAUGGCUGAGAUUUAGACAGAUAAAAACAGCCUUCCAAAAUCUCCGACAAAACUUGAAAAAGUUGGGCUGUCUUUUUCAAGUUUGUUUUCAUUGGCUCGCGCAUGCGUGUUGGGUGACAUAGUCCCUUUAAGUGACGUUUUCUGUCUGUUUUCAUCCAGAAAUUUUGCUACCAUGGCAACGUAACGUAAUGGCAAAUUCAACACAAAAUCCAUCUCAAAUCGGGGUGCAUUUUGUGAUUUUUCUUUAGCGCCGAUGACAAAAUUAUAAAGCGUUUGUGAAACAUUUAUACAUUACACAAAUUCCCUUUUAAAAACGUAAUUUUCUUGACCAUAGAGCAAAAAAAUGUACCUGAAACUUGAAGUCUUCAAAAACUUCGCUGCCUUAGUUGAAUUUCAAAACAGGACACUUUGCCCUUCGCCGUGAAGAAAACAUCGUUGAAUUCCGGGAAGGACGAUUUCGUAACCAAAAACUUUCUUAGUCCACAAAAAGAAAACUGAGCAUUUAUUUGAACUUUCCGUUUCCAUUUGUGUCUUUGAACGAUGUAUUUUUAACCCUGAAGUGCGAAACUUGUGUCUUGAAACCGACGCAUUCGCUUGCUAGUCUCCUCCACUAACGGUGUGACAGCUUUUGCUCCGUGUUUUUUACUCUCAUGAAACAUACUUUUUGAACCAAUCAGAAUGCACGGUGUAUCUGAUCUUUAUUAUAAAAAGAAUUAGUUCACGCCAGGUCAGCUGUUGCGACUUUUGGGUCACUUAAAGAAGCCAAGGAACUGUCUGCUUUUACAGUUUUUAUCCGUUUCAGCCCAAACUUUGCGGGAUGGUUGAACUUUGUACUUCAAACAGUCGUAUGUUUUUUGUUCUUCGAUUUUAACGAUUUUUGGAGGGAAAAUGACGUCACAUGAUUGACAGCAAAAUUUAAACUUCAAAUAGUGACGUAGCAGAUAGAUAGUUUUUAACACGACGUGAUGGAAACAAAUGCGAAAAAAAUCGCCACAUUUGACCCGGCGUAGUUGAGAUAGUUUGUUAAAGAUCAAAAGAAUUUUCCAAUUGGUGAUCGGAACACUAAUUCUGAUAAUCUUUCCUCCUAAUAACAUAUCCGAACGAGACUAGGUGCAAGUAAUUUUUGUUGCUUAAAGAGUUAAGCGGUUUGGUGGUUUGUUCCGGCUAAGGAAAUAUGACUUUCUUUAUUCUUUUUUCUAACGCAGACGAAUCGUGUAGCGUGUUCUACGGACCAGAUAAAUAUAGCCCGUUAAGUCUUGGGGUUUGCGACGUUGGCUCUUCAUCCUGCAGAUGUACCCAAGGUAAAUACCAAUUAGGUAGCACACGUGGGCAACGUUUUCCCAUCAGAAUUUCAUCUAACAAAACAAGAACUCGGAGUAAGAUGAAAAAAAGGAUAAAAAAUUCAGUCUGAGGCCCAGAGACAGGAACGGCGUUACUGAACAAAAACAGACAAACAAUAAAACUAACACAAACGACAAACUACCUAAGAAGGAUAGAUUGAAGUUAACAUUUCGUGACCCCAAAAAUUGAUGUAUGGUUAUUGGCACAGCCUAAUCAUCUCUGUCGGGAAAAAAUGGCAAGACAAAUGGCUAAGUAGUUCUGCGUUUCCCGUCACCCUUACAUUGAGGCCGAUUACUUACUUUUGAGGGGAGGGGAUGGGUCAUUUUAGAUGGAUAAAUGGCGUCUAGUUUUUGAACAAAAGAUCUUCUUGGCAACUUCUCCUUCAAAAGGUAGAUUGUUGAAUAAGCACCUCACCGAAGAAGCAUGAAUGAUUAAGGCGUUAAUUAAUUUACGAAAAUUUUUUAAGGAGCCCACAAAAGUGUUUUUGCAUAUGAUAGUUAUGAAUAUAACGGCUUUAAUCUGUCUGCUAUUUUAGACGAAUGUACUCAACCAGAUCCCCCUAUAGGCAACAUUCGAAAGCUGAUCGAUAAAGCUUGUGACAAAUACCAUUAUGGUAAGUCUGAUUCAUCUCUUUUUUUUCAGUUAACGAAUUCGGAAUUUUGAAAACGCAUUGUAUAGUGAGACAAAACAGUCAGCUGCCGCGGGCUCUCGGUCGGUGUCGACGAACGAAAAAAGUGAACGAGUAGCGAAAUAGCGAACUAGAGAGAAACGACGAGAAGAGAGGAGGGGAGAGUCUGUGAGCAUCUCAAUUUUCAAAUACCUCAAUCCGCCCAUUUCCUGAAAAACCCUUUCUUGUGUCAAAAUGUCAAAUGUCAAGGCGUCAAAAGGUACGGUGUAUGAGGGUUUCACCUGCUCGACAUGUUUUUUCGACUGCGCGUGCGAAGCCAAAUGAUUGACGUAAGUAUUGAAGUAAACUGUCACAAUUGACCAAUCACAGGGUAUACCAGGAGUAGGUAUACCGGAGGAAGUAUUGAAAAUAAUGCUUAUACAGGUUCCACUACUCCGUCUCCUCCUAGGCCCCACCCGGUUUUGCAACUCGAUCCGCUUCCUUCACUUUCUUGGAGCGUGGGACAGGCUAAGAUUCUUGCUAAGCGCUACAAUUAAUUGAAUACAAAGAGAAGCAAGUGUUUUAGUUUUAUAUUUGAAUAUUAAGUACCCGAGGCCUUGUCGAAAGAGCGGCAAAAUAAAACGGCAUCGUUUACUUUCCAUUAUUUUGUUCACAACUAUUUGUCCAAUAGAAUUUCAGUAUAUCGAAAAUUAACCGAAUUAGCAAUUUAAAUCACAGGGAGCAUGUGUUUUUAUGCCUUUUUAAUGAUUUUAUCAACAGCAAAUCCAUGUACCAUCUUGCACUUUAAAAGAGAAUGUUUCAUUGAGAUCACUUUUUAAGCGGUUGAAAAACAUCGUAAUGGUCUCCAAAAAACUUUGAGCAUUUCAUUUCAUUUUCACGGGAGUGUUGGGAUAUUGUCUGCCUGGCUCACAGUCAAACCAAGGCAAUGCAAAAUAGUUUUUUUAAACUAUAUAUUGUGUUUGUUAUUACAACUUACAGUGAUCAAAGGAAGAGUUGAGCUCAUCGAUGAACUAAACACCCUGGUAGAGUACGUGGUAAAAGUAUUGCAAGUUAUUAAGCAAGGGAACAAGAACGUAAACGUUGGGGAAGCAAUGCAUCUUUGGAGGAGCAGUGCCUGUCACAGUCCAGAUCUCAAGAAAUAUAAAGAGUAUCUGUUUAUGGGGCUAGACAACGGAAAUCACUAUCAAUUGGACAAAAAUUCGUUCGUUAAACUGUGGCCCAGGCGCCCUGCCAACAACAAGGACAAAAAAGUAUUGGAGGAUUUUGCCAGACAGUAUGCAUCUGGUGCAAAAUGCAAAAACUAA